CUCAAAGGUCCUAUUCCCACAAAGACCUAAACCAGGGUUGUCCAACCUGCAGCCCCCCAGAUGUUGCUGAACUACAACUCCCAUGCUUCCCUGGCUAUCUGUUUCAUUGAAAGAAUCGUGGGAGUUGUAAUUCAGCAACAUCUGGGGGGGCCGCAGGUUGGACAGCCCUGAGUAAACAAUCUAUAGAUUGUUGUUAUGGUACCAGGACAGACGCUUUUAAUUGUAAGUAAACUUUUACUAAUGUUGCUUUAAUUCUAAAUGCUACGCACUAACCUACGUUAUGGAUCCCAACUAGCAAGUACAAUUAUAACUCGCAGUACCCCCACAAUUAUUGUUUUUGGUAGGGGCCAAGAUAAAAAUUGGUGGAAGUGAGCUGACUCUCAUUUGUCAACUGGUUCAGGAGCAGGUACACUUUGAAAGCGCUCUCACAAUAUAAUCACUAAACCAAGUAAAGUGGUAUGGAAGAAAUGAGGAAUAUCUGCAAAGUUUAGGAAAAAAUAAGCUGGAAAAUCACAGGCUCCUAUUUUUUCAGGUCAUCUAUUUUGCCCUACAAUUUGUAGUCCCCUUGUUGUUUUCUCACAAUUACUGGAUUGCAUGUUAAAGGGAGACUAUAGUCACCAAAAACAACUCUAGUUUAAUGAAGCAGUUUUGGUGUAUAGAUCAUGCCCCUGCAAUCUCACUGCUCAAUUCUCUGCCAUUUAGAAGUUAGUGUUGCCCUAGGCACACCUCACUGCAUGUGACUUGCUCAGCCUUCCUAAACACUUCCUGUAAAGAGUCAUCUAAUGUUUAUACUACCUUUUAUUGCAAAUUUUAAUUGUUUAAUUGGGACGCGCGAGGGAACAGGGCAAGAAGAGCAGGAAUAUUACAGCUGCCUUGCCACUUCUAUCUCCAUUGCUCACAGACUCCGGCCUUGGGUGGACCUUGAGGUGGCCAGUGCUGAUGGGCUGACAAACACCUAGGCUCCAGGACAAAAUUUCUAGUCACCACGGCAACCUGGUAAAUUGUCGAGCCCUGGUUUAACACCUAUUUUAACAAUAUCCAAACAGGUUCAUUAAAGGGACACUAUAGUCACCAUAACAACUUUAGCUUAAUGAAGCGGUUUUGGUGUAUAGAUCAUGUCCCUGUAGUCACACUGCUCAAUUCUCUGCCAUUUAGGAGUUAAAUCACUUUAUUUAUGAACCCUAGUCACACCUCCCUGACUUGCACAGCCUUCCUAAACACUUCCUGUAAUAAGUCAUCUGAAGUUUAUCCUUCCUUUACUGCAAGUUCUGUUAAAUUUAGAUUUUCUUAUCCCCUGCUAUGGUAAUAGCCUGCUAGACCCUGUAAGAGCCCUCCUGUAUGUGAUUUUAAGUUCAAUUUAUAGAGAAAGAGAUACAAUUGUUUAAGGUAAAUUACAUCUGAUUGAAAGUGAAACCAGUUUGUUUUCAUGCAGGCUGUGUCAAUCAGAGCCAGGGGAGGUGUGGCAAAGGCUGCAUAAACAGAAACAAAGUGAUUUAACUCCUAAAUGGCAGUUAAUUGAGCAGUGACACCUAAACACUAAAACUGCUUCAUUAAGCUACAGUUGUUUAGGUGACUAUAGUGUCCAUUUAAUAGUGUUAUCCUGUUUUAGUUUUGUGAAACCUGCAGAUGCCUGCUCUAUUGCACUCCCUACCUGACAGAUGAUUGGACUUAAAGGGACACUCCACUGCUCACCUACAGAAUAAACAUUUUUAAAAAUCACUGUUUAGUAGAUAUACCCCCUUUCAAAAUAAGCAUGCAUUCGAUUGUUUAUUUUUUUUAACUCUGGUAGAUCUAAAAACAGCUUGCAAAAGCUGCAGCUCUACUUUCUGCAGUCUUUGCAAGCCCUCCCCUUCUAACCCCACCCAGACUUUCUUCAGCUGUCCAAUCACAGACUUCCCAAUGCAGCUUAAUGCAAAAGUCUUUGCAAGGCAGGCUCUGGGCAGUCGCUGCUUCUUGAGUUUAGUUACACUGAGCUAAACAAACCAGGAAGUAAUAAGACCAGUUGUCUGACAUACAGUUAGGUGUAACCAGGUUAAUUUAUAUGUGCCAAUUUCUAUUGAAAUCUGCACUUUCUGUAAAAAAUAGGACACACUCUUUGCAAUUUAGAAGGUUAAAUUCUGCAUUUGGAAUGUCCUUUAAAAACAAAUAUAGGCACUGACAUCAUCACUGUGUGUCCAUCCAUUUGUCAGUAUUGGCAGAGACCUGUUCAUAUGCAUACUCUCCAUAACUGGCAGGAGCAUUUGUCCCUCUUCAUAUUCUUUGUUUGCAGCAAUGUGCAGCUUCUGCAGGAACCAGGAAAGGGCUGAGGUUUAUCAGUCAAUCCUAGUCUCCCCAUUAAAAACAAAUAGCUUGAGAUUUGUGCAUUCAUAACAAGAUCUCCAUGGUCGGGGUUUAAAGGACCACUAUAGGCACCCAGACCACUUCAGCUUAAUGAAGUGGUCUGGGUGCCAGGUCCAUCUAGUGGUUAAUCCAGCCUCUAGUGGCUGUCUCAAUGACAGCUGCCAGAGGCGCUUCCGAGCUUCAUUGUGAAAAUCACAGUGAGAAGACGCCAGCGUCCAUAGGAAAGCAUUGAGAAUGCUUUCCUAUGGACUGGCUGAAUGCGCAUUCAGCCGAUGACGGCGAAAAGGAGGAGGAGAAUUCCCCGCGCUGAGGGAGCCCGGUGGGGAAAAACAGGUAAGAUUUAACCCCUUCAUCACGCUAGAGCCCGGCGGGUGGGGGGUCCCAAGGACCCUAUAGUGGCAGGCUAUAGUGUUUUCCUGGCACUAUAGUGGUCCUUUAAAGAUUAAUUUGGUGUGAAUCUUUCUUUUCGCCUUUGGGAGAAAAAUACAUUCUGUUUAAAUCCAGAUUAAAGAGCUAGCAAAUGACUUCACAUUGCAGUCCAGGCACCGCUACAGCACAGAGUGUUCACUAGGAGGGGAGCUGGAACCAUUAUACCUGUGCUGAACUUGUAUAGUGAAAACCUAUAAAUGACAGCCAAGAUGGAGGCGGCUAGAUGCAGGAUAAAGAGUUGUGGAAUUCUAUGUUUUAUUUUUUUUCACAUCUCUCAAAUGCACAGAUCUGUUAACUAUGGGUAGUAAUAUACAUAUUAUUUAAAGUUCCGGAAAGUGAUAAUUCCUAUUUAAUAUGAUGGGGGGCAGGGGAUUUGUUUACACCAUAACCCUUUGUUGUUGCUUAUAUUACAGAUUACGUAUGGUUUACUUCUCAUAAGACUUUACUAUAACUUUUUAAAAUACUGUCUUUCUGUAGUACGUCCAAGGAGCUUCCUCCAUAACAAUCUCAAAAAACUGCAAAAAUCCUCAGAAAACGGGUAGUGAAAAUUCAUUAUUAAAGGGAGCUCCUAUUUUUUUAGGUAAUUUGGAGGAAGUGAAGGAGGAGUGCCUGACUCAUUAACUGUAUCCGUCUCUGGAGAGUUAUAUUGUCAUGCAGUAUUCAUACAUUAUGGUAAUGAUUAAUGAAUAAUUUACGGCACAGACAGUGAUAAAUCUUCCAUUGCAUAGCAAUUAAAACCAUUCCAGUAUUUCACUGUGUGUCUAAUAUCAGCGUACAAUGUUAGUCCAUAUCCUAUGGGUGCAAGAAGCAAAUUAUUGCAUUGUAUAAGAGGUUUUCAACGCUCACAGCAAGGAAUGUAAUAGAAUGUUUGUUUUAAAAGAAAUGAAAUGUUACUGUCUACAAAAAUCUAAAUAAAAUCAGUAAAUAAUUGAUUUUAUUAACCAGCUUAAUGUUUAUUUUAUUUGCCAAAGGAUGAUGACCAUUCUGGCAAUAAAAGCAAAGUGCUACCUAGUGCUGAUUUAUUGAGCACUGCAUUUAGCAAUCCAUCUGCCCAACUUAGUAUUAUAGUUUUCAAGACAAUACAAGCUACAGCUCCUCUGUAACAAUAUAGAUGGACCAGUAGUGUGUCAGUGGAGUGAGUGGAUAUGAUUUUAUAUAUAUAUAUUAUAUUCUAUAUCAGGGGUAGGCAACCUUUUAGCAGCACUGUGCCGAUAUAGGAUUGUGAUGUCCCGUAGCAUUCGGUCCUAUUUUUUUUUUAAUUGUGUAUGCUGCCAUAUUCUGCUUGUGUUAUUUUUACUGUAAUUGCUUUGUAUCGUUGUAUAUGUGCGUAUAUGAAGGGCCAUCUUUAGUAUUGACUGGACCCUGGGCAAAGCAUUUGCUUGGGGCCCCCUGGACCCUGUCCCUCCUCCCCAGGCAUGCAAUCACGUCCUCCACCCCAACGCUGACACAUACAGACAUGCAUGCCACAGACAUGCAUGCCACACACAAGCAUACUAACACACACAAAAUUUACACUUUAAAACCCACCUCCAGUUUCCUACCUUUCCUGCUGAAGGUGUUGGGAGUUGGGGUCUGGCUCUCUCGGCCAGCCCCCCUCCACUCUGCCUACUCUUUUUUUUUUUUUUCGCGCGCCCCUCUCUUUGUGGGAGGAAGUGAUGCACGGCCGUCCCUUCCUCCCAGCCUGCUGCCGAAAAGCAAGGGGCCCACUCGCGCUAAUAGGCACUUCAGCGUGCGACCAGACCCCUGCUGACAGAAGCCCACCGGGUGGCCCUUUGUGCAUGGGCCAGCCGGUGGGCCUCCUUAGUGUGCGGAUUACCGGCAGGGGAUGAGAAAUAGAUGAGGCCAGCGGGGCUCACUGUGCAGCUGCCCCGUUUGCCCCGCUUUAAAGACGGCCCUGCGUAUAUGAGCUAUUAUAUUGUAUGUUCAGGAGUAGUUUAUGGUAUUGUGUAUGAUACAUAUGAAUGUAAGCUGUGUAUGGGGGCUGCUUGUGGAAUUGUGUGUGUGGAUGGAUAUGUCACAUUGUGUGUUUGGUAGUGUGUGGGGGCUGUUUGGGGUAUUGCAUGUGGGGUUGUGUGCAUGUAUGUGGAUUGUUAGUGGUGUUGCAUUUGUUCGGAUUGUGUGUAUGUUUGUGUGUGGGCUGUCUGUAUUAUUUGUAUGGUUGGAAGGGUUAUUCUGCAUUUCUGUGUAUAUCUAGCAGUGUGGGUGACUUCCCUGGGUUCCAGUGGGGACCAGGCCGGCCAGGUACAUGUCAAAGACAGGAGCUGCAACUGCAUGCUGCUCUACCACUGCACAAGUGCUGGGAGGAAGUGAUCUGUGAUCACUUCCUCUACGUGCUGCAAUGCAUAAAUUGAUGAUUGUCCUUUACCACCUUUUCGGACUAGCAAAUAACUGAAGUUUUACUGGGACUCCUGAUAGGCCAGAGCCUGUUUGGCUCUAGCAGCCUUGAGUGCCAUGCAUGGCACUAGUGCCGUAGGUUGCCUACCCCUCUUAUAUAUCCAUCCAGUGGCAGUGAGUUUUGGAAGACGUGAAGUUAUAAUGUCCAGGUAACUAAUACGAUCUCUAGAAGGAUGGGAGAGGGCUGUGGGUUCUGGAGAAAUGACAGCUUGGAGCAGAAUGGCUGGAUAUUGCUCACCUGUGUCCCUUCUGCAACAAUGUGGAUAUUUAGUAUUGUUAAAAUACUUUUUUUUUUUUUCCUUUUGUCUUUAUUUUUGUUUGUUUUUGUUUUUCCCGCAUCACAUUACUUUGAAAAAAAGCAUUACAUAUUGUUACAUGCAGGCCUAUUCACUAAAGUAUCAAGUCUCAGAAAUUGUACUUUAAAUAUUUUUUUUGUUUUGCAAAAAUAGCCAAAUUAGAAUUUUUCGCCAUUCCUGGUAGUUGGUCAUCCAUGAAUUCCUCCAUGCACUGGGCUUGGCUCUGUGCUGGAGAGGAGGUGGCAAUGGCUGCCUGGCAUACCCCAGGUAGGUUGUUCAAGUGUCUGUGAAGGCGCUAGAGCACAACGGGUAUCCCCAGUGGGUUGCGGAUGUCAUAGUUCUUGGAGUGUUCCUUUCAAUAAAUCUGUUUUCUCUGCUUCUUUUAAAGCACAUUCUGUGCCAUUGCAAACCCUUAUUUUGAAAGUAGUCAGUGUAACCUCCUCCCCAACACACACUAACUCUUUAUUCCAUUAAAUUCUCUAUCUCUACUAGCUGUUCUGCAAAUCGUUUUAGUAUUCUUUUACCUUUUGAGAGGGUUUUUUUUUUUUCGUCAUUAUUACUUGAUCAUUGGCCUUAAAAUAGAACAAAGUGUGUGUAUAACCUGUGGAUCGGUGUGUUGUUUCAAUAUUCAUGUUAAUCCAUUAAGCAUGAGUGUUUUUUUUUUUCUAUAUUCUGCUAUGCUGAUUGAUAAAGUGAGGUGACGGGAGUCAUUGCAGGUUAGACUGUACAGUGCUGAUUUUACAGCCUGUGUCUGGUUUACACAGUACAUUAAAUUAAGAGGGGGUGUGAGCUUCCAUUUACCUGUAGAACAAAUGUCAAUGGGCACAGGAGGAGGAUAAAGUCCAAAGGUCAGGUAUGCAGUGUGCAAUGAAAUACUUAUUUUAUGAAGCACUCACAGUUACUUUAUUAAAUCCAUCACUGUAUGAUGGAUUUUAUGACAUUAUACAUUAAAAUCUGUAAUGCUUGAAGUGACUGACCCUGUGUGGGACUGGACUACUAAUCACAGGACGUGGCAAGCUAUACAGUCUGCCUGAGAAUAGUGAGAGUUACACUUCUGGGUGGCAUGUGCUAUUUAUUCAGUUCCUCUCCCUUUCUUCAAAUGCCAGAUGGGGGGCUAAAGUGACCGAGGUGGUCUCCUAAUAUAUCAUUAAAGCAUAUCCUGCAUUGGGAAAUCUGUGACUGGAUAGCCACAACAUUUCUGGGUGGGGUUAGAAGGGGAGGGCUUGCAAAGGCUGCAAAUAAGAAAUAUGUUUUUAGAUAUAGCCCCAAUGAAGAAAAAAACAUAAAUUGAAUGCAUGCAUGUUUUGAAUGGGAGUGUAUCUACUAAACAGUGCUUUAACAAUGUAUUUGGGCAGUGGAAUGUUUAACCCCUCUACUGCCAGAGGUGUAACUUCAUCUCCGGCAAUGCCUUUGGGACACAAUUAACCAGCUCAGAAAAAGAUUUACAGUUGACUGAAAUUAAUGCAAAAUUGGUGUUUGGCGUCAACACACACAGAAUGCUGAAGCCAGACUGCCAAUGGCAGCACAGCCCCAAUCCAUGCCACCCUCCCUGACCUCCCUUCCGCUUUGGAGAGCCGUGGAGAAUGGCCUGCCGAGAAAACAUUGCCUUGACCCUGAAACAGUCAUAUCGCCCCGUCCCCAAUUUUUGGGGCCCUGUUUUAAAAUAAACAGGAAACAGAAUGCUAAAAAAUAAAAAUACGUUUCUUUAACAUGUUUCUAAACAAUCGAGCAGUUUAAGUUCCUGUUGACUGCCUGUGAUAGAAACCAGAUCAUUUCAUGUUAUCCCUGUUACAUGGAAAUUAUGCAACUGGUUAUACACAUUUUAUAAAUGUAGAAGUAAACAAUGAACUCUGAGAGGAACUAGGACUGCAGGGAGUCACCAGCUGUUGGAGGAACUAAAAUACUUCAUAACCUUUAACUGGCAAUAAACCCACUUACAGGGCUAUUCACUGCAGUGAAAAUUCAAGGUGACUGUAAAAUGUAAAGGUCAAAUUGGCUAAACUGGGGGGUGGGGGGCUAACUUACAGACUUUAUUGUGAGAUUCACAUACACUUGUUUUAAAUCUUUUGUUUUAUUUAUUUAUUUAUUUAUUUUUUAACUCUACAGAAUGGUUAUAAUUUGAACCAAUAUUCCAAGAAUCCCCAUUAUUUUACAUAGUUGUAAAAAAACAAAGUAUGAGAACUCUGAUGGGCAAAAUGUAUAGAGAAACUCUGUACAUAGCUUGACCUUCGGUUAGCCCUCAUUCAGGUCUACACUGCAGAGUUACAUAGUAGUCUAGGUUGAAACCCAAUCCUUUAUGCUUUUAAUCCAUUUAUGUCACAAAAACGGGGAAACGUCCUUCUUGACUCCAGUUAGUUGAUAUGAUGUUAUAAAUUGUGGUAGCCAUAUUUCUAGAAAGUAUCAUAGCUUACAAUUUAUACUCUCAUUUUAUAUAAAUCUUGGCCCAAUGUGAAUGAAAGCUAAGUGAUUAAAUGUGACUGUCCAAAGCCUUUCUAAGACUAUACCAGCCGCCACCGUCACUUUAACAUGGCUGUGUAUCUGUCAGGUUACUAUAGUAAAACAACCCCCACUGCAUAAUUGUCUUGCCCAGAAUUUCUGGGCAUUGCCAGCGCCAAGCCACAGGAAUACUAAUGACCCCACAAUGCCAAAACACCAGGACAGCCACUUUAAAGCAAACUUCACAUAAUUUGGAGGCAAAGAUAAGAUGGCAGCCUCUUGAAACCAAAUUUGUUUUGUGUUUUUGUACGUUUGCAUUUUUCAAAAUCAAAACGAAUUACGUAUAUUGCUUUAAUCACCCUUUAUAUUUGGGGAAAUUUAGACAAAUAUAUCCUGACAAUUUCUUCAAUGAGUCUCCCAUUCGUUCAAACAUUACAUUCUGUUUGUUUUUCCGAGUGACGCGGUAUGUCGCACAUCCUUGUUUUAGUUCAAUAUAAAUAUUUACAGCUUGUCUCUCCGUCAUACUCUUCUGCGUGGUAAUUUGAAAGCAAGUCUUUGUUUGCAUCUUGAGGCUGUGGGCUAAGCGAUGGCGUUCGAGGUUAUUCUGUGCCUCUAGCAAACAUUAAUUCAUGCAUGAGUUACAUGUGUCUGUACAGUUAAUUGUCUGUUUCUUUGAGAACUAAAUGUAGUCAAUGAGUUAAUUCAUCCUGAAGAGAGGGCAGAAUAACUGAAGUAAACCAGGAAUGCUGUUUAUCUGAUAUUGUACAGUAGCAAACAGAUGGCAUGGAUUCUCUUUAACCAUGCAUAUAAACUCCAUUAGAAAUAUUCUUUCAACUUGGCCACUUUGCCCAGUCAUGUCAAAUUCCCCCAUAUUUCCUAGAUUACUGAAUCAAUUCAUCUAUUUAUUUAUUUGCAGAAGCAUUCAACCACUAUCUUGGCAAAUACAAAAUAUGGGAUUUAGUUAUACUACAUGGCCAUAUUGUGUUAAGCCCACUACUACAUCAUAGUACUCCAAUAUUGGUGGGCCCUGCACUAAUUUUAGCAUGGGAGAUAAGCAUGCGAACUGCAAUACGUACUGCUUAAAGGAUUGUGCUCUGCUGUCCUACAAAAGGAGGUCUUCAGCACCACUUGGGCGGCAUAGCACACCCUAAAACACGGGCUCUCCCAGCAGGCCAAAUAUUCUUCCUGCCAGAUUUGCUCAGAGGGACUACAUGACAAACGAGGAAGUUCCCAUGCAACCAAUUCUGACGAUCAAAAUCAUGUGACACAGCAAGGUUCAGAACUUGUACAAUUGCCUCUGUCCUUAAGGGGUUAACAAUCAAUUUACAAUACUGGAGAAAAAAAACUUAUAAAGCAAGUCAACAUCUGAUUGAAAAUGAAACCAUUCUUUUCAUUUAGAUGAGGGGUUGUCAACCUGGUCCCUACUGCCCACUAGUGGGCACUUUGGGAUUUCAGGUGGGGCGAUGGUGGGUUCUGCGAAAAAAUGCCCUGUGAGCCUCGAUGGUCGUGAGCCAAGGUGGGCAGGGGAGAUCUAAGAUUUCCUUCACCGGCCCGCUGGCACUUGUUUCCAGCAGAGGGAGGGAAGAGCCUGGGAGGCUCUGUUCCUUCCACGAUUAGGCUGGUCAUAGCGUUGCUGCGUGUUACCAUGGCAACACUCCUAUACAGUGUUGUGCUUGCAGGAGUACCGGAGAGUCAGCCUGUAGCCGCAGGCUAAAGUGAACAUGCGGUAAGGAGUAUAUGGGAAGGAGAGACAGCGCUAAUUAAUAAACAGGCAGCAACCUUAAAAAGGGAAACCCUCCAAGCCCUUUUAAAACAAAACAGUAAAAACAAUAAUAAAAGGCUGCGCCAAUAAGAGAGUAAAAUAGAGUGACUAAGAAAAAAUGUCCAACGUAAUAAAUAAAAAUAAAAAUAGAAAUAAAAGUUCAACUUAAGUGUCCUAGCGGAUAGUCUUUAUAGUAAGUAUUGCAGCAGUGAAGUCUUCAUAAGCUGUAUAGGUUCCACUCAUAUAAAAGACAAAAGGGGAGAGAGAACGACGACCAGUAGUGCAAUAUUGUAUAAUUCCAAAAGUGACGUAUGGAAAAAUAAUAUUAAAGAACUCACAUUUAAUAGAGCUUAUGUCCAGCUCUAGGAUAGAAGCGCAUACAGCGGUAUAAUCCCCGCUUGUGGGAUAUGCUGUGGGUUACUCUCCGUCAGUGGUGUCCAAUUCUCAAACAAGGAAAGAGAGAGACAACAAAUAGUGCUCACUAUUUUAGUAGUCUUAUUUUAAGUAGAUGAAAACGUACUUACAAAUGAGGAGCAGACCAACUGCUCUUGUGUAUCAGCAUAGGUGGAUUAAUCCCCACCUUUAGGAUUUCUUGGAGUGCAGGAGACUUCCGAAGUCAGUGUUGGUAUAUAAUAGUAAAAUGCUAAAAAUAUACUAAAAUAUACUAAAAAGCCAGGUAUAAAAAGAGUAAUGUGUAUAUAAAACUAUAAAAAAGAAUAGUUGGCACAAAUUACCAAAAAUUGCUUUAAUAUUACAAUACACAAUAUAAAAUAUCCAUAACGCGUUUCGUCAACAGACUUUAUCAAAUGGAAUAGCAAACAGCCAGGUAAUGUUUAUUAAAUGUGAGUUCUUUAAUAUUAUUUUUCCAUACGUCACUUUUGGAAUUAUACAAUAUUGCACUACUGGUCGUCCUUCUCUCUCCCCUUUUGUCUUUUAUAUGAGUGGAACCUAUACAGCUUAUGAAGACUUCACUGCUGCAAUACUUACUAUAAAGACUAUCUGCAAGGACACUUAAGUUGAACUUUUAUUUCUAUUUUUAUUUUUAUUUAUUACGUUGGACAUUUUUUCUUAGUCACUCUAUUUUACUCUCUUAUUGGCGCAGCCUUUUAUUAUUGUUUUUAAAGUGAACAUGCCACUGCUGCACAUCUCACCCACUUACACACAGCACAGGCCCCAUGCACCCUUCUCUCUCUUUUUCUUUCUCUCUCUCUCUCUCUCUCUCUCUCUCUCGCAGACUGCCCCGCGCGCGCACACACACAAACAUGCGCGCACUCCCAGCACCUCACAGACAGACACAGAAAAAAAGGGAAAAAAUAUAGAUACAUUUAAGUACAUAUUUGGUUAAUUUUUAUUUUUUUAAAAACCCUCCUUUCUUUGGGAAAAAAACCCCAAAAAUCGCACUUGCGCUAUAAAAUUAGUGACUUCGGCACUGGUAGGCGGUAAGGAAAUUUUACCAUCAACAAAGAUACAAAAGUUGUCGGUAGGUAUUAAAAGGUUGACUACCCCUGAUUUAGACAGUGAGUCACAGUCAUGGAGGUGUGGCUAGGGCUGCAUAAACAGAAACAAGAGAUUUAACUUUAUUCUUCUGUGUGCACAAUUUAGCUCUCAGUGCCUGUCUAGUCUGUCUAAAGCAGCACUAUCACCGCCUGGGGACUUCGAAUGAUUUGCAAAGACCCCUGACUGUGACAUUUCCUUUGGUAGUCGGGGAGGGAGGGUGUGGAAAGGUGAGAUUUUCUUACCCGAGCUUGUCUCUUGUCGUUGCUGCCAUCUUCAUCCGGGCGGUCCUCUGCGGAAACGCCAUGAUCCAACGCCAGCGCUGUACUCACGCACAUACAUGAGACUACAGCGUUGAAAUCUAUGGAGGUCUCCGUAGACACAGCUAAUAUCUCUGCAGCUGUCACUGGUGACAGCUGGCAGACUGACACUUCUAGAUGGCGAUAACUCCACCCUGUGUCUAGAAGUAUCAGAUGUACUUCCUACUUUGUCUUAGUAUAUAUCUCGGUGAAAUUCCAACACAGUCAGUAUGAGUAAUUCAUAAAUUUUAUUUUUUAUAAAAUACCCAAUUGGGGCUGGGGGGGAGGGUUGACUGUGCAGCUUUAAAUUAAAUCCCUCUCAAUGCUAGUAUAGCUUCUGCGGAACAUACAUAUUGUGGUCUGCCUGAGAUUAGUGAGAAUUGUGCUUCCUGGCAGCAACUGCAAGUUUGCUGUGUUUUUAGCACCUCUUCUUUUAUAUUUAUUUUGUAAUAACUUUUUUUUUUUUUUUCUUCAAUAUAAAAUUUUGCCUGUUUAUAUAUUGGAUACCAUAAUUAAAUUAAGAGAAGUGAGAUAUGUCUGCUUUUUUUCUGAGGACCUUUUCACAAUUAAUAGUUAAGUGGCAUUCAUCACCAGCAAUCGGUAACUAAUCUAUGUUUCAGUAGAGAGGGCAGCUGUGACAUUACUUUUUGGCUUCUUUAAUUACAUGUAUAGUGUGUGUAUUGAUAAUAUGGGCCUCGAUCAAUACAAUGUUCUAAAUGUACCUAUAUCUUGGCUAGAACACAUGUCUAAGUAACACAAAUUUCCUUUAACCAUACAGUAUUGUGUAGGACUGCUCAUUGGUAUCUGAUUACACUUUGCAUUGCGUGAUUGAUUUAUUUUUUAAUACACAUACAGUACCUUAAUUGGUAAAUAGAUAAAUAAGAGACUUUUUAUAAAUGCAAAAUGUGUCCUUUUUUCCUCCAGGUGUCUGCUUGACAAGGGUUCUCCAGCGGGCGAGAGGACUAACAGACAGCCUCAGUCGACAACUACCAUCAGGUAUUAAAUACGUUGUUUUUCUGUGAAGGAUAUUUUACUUGUUGGCUUUCACACGAUUGUGUGAGGAAUAUUGACCUGUAUUCCUAAUGCUAUAGUGUUUUACUGCCAGGUUACUUUUAGGUACACCCCUGUUUCCAGUUAAAAUAUAUAUAUAUAUAUUAACCUGACCUUUUCUCCAGCGCCAGUAUUCCCUCACUGCUCCCGUCCGCGCCUCCACUUGCGACGUCAUCCGCGUCUUGAGCUGAUUGGCUGCUUGCCAAAAUGAAAAUGAUGCACGUGCAACGCUUGCAUCCAAAUGCUUCUCAUAGGAAGUAUUGAAUACAAUGCUUUUCUGUGAAUAGCGUCCUCACGUGACCAAGUUUUACUCGGUCAGUGCUGCCGAAAUGCAUCUAGUGGCUGUCAGUAUGAUGGAUUUAAUCCUGAAAUGUAAACAUUAUGGUUUCUAAAAAACGGCCGUGUUUUACAUUGCAGGGUUAACCUGACGUGAUCACUGCACACAAAACACUUCAUUUAAGGGACACUAUAGUCACCAAAACAACUUUAGCUUAUUGAAGCAGUUUUGGUGUAUAUAUUAUUUCCCUGCAGUGUUAAUGCUCAAUUCUCUGCCAUUUAGGAGUUAAAUCACUAUAUUUAUGCACCCUAGUCACACCUCUAUGCAGUUGACUUGCACAGCCUUCCUAAACACUUCCUGUAAAGAGUCAGCUAAUGUUUACACUUCCUUCAUUACAAAUUCUAUUUAAUUUAAAAUGUAUUAUCCCCUGCACUGUUGAUAGCUUGCUAGACCCCACAGAAGCAUUCUGUGUAUUACUAAAGUUCACUUUAGAGAGCAGGUGUUCCAUCAAAAUCCCCUACCCCGUGAAAAUCCCCUACCUUCGUCACUUCCGGUGAGGGAAAUCAGUUGGAUCCUGUGCUGCACAUGCGUGCUAGCACUUCUGCUACUCCUCCACAGCAAGGUCCUGGAAGGUAAGUAAAACUAGUUUUACACUUUCAUUAUAGUUAGUGCAUUCAGUAAGCAUGGGACAUUUAGGGUUAAUGUUAGGGUUCAAAUUAGGGUUAGGAAAGUUAUUUUACCUAAUGUGAAAUAUCACUAAAUAAAAACAAGUCCCUAAACCCAAUCCUAAUGUGAACGGGAUGGUGGACGCUGUAUCCCCCGUUUUUAAUUUAAAAGCCCACCAUGUGCCAGGUCCCUCAUUAUUGGAUUAAUCAUUGGUCAGCAAUAGCUGCCCAGUCGCUAGUCUUUUUGACCGUGAACAGCCACUGAAUGAUCACUGUUUAGGAGACAUGCCCCUACUUGAGGCAUGGUGAGUAAUGGCAGGAAAGAGGAUUUAAAUAGUAUAUUAAAUAGGGGGUCAUAUUGACCCCCAUAUGCCAAGCACAUUUGUCUGACAAUGCAGACAAAUAGUGAAUCACUAAUAUGUGUUGAAUUCACAUUUAAAAAAAAUAAAUAAAAAAUAAAAAUUCCUAUAGAAACAGAACACAUUUUCAAAUAUAUAUUUUUUUACUUAUUUAUUUUAUUAUAUAUAGCGCCAGCAAAUUCUGUAGUGCUGAAAAUAUAGAAAAUAACACAUUGAUCUCUAUGUACGUAUGUCCAUUAAAUGGUGUAGAGCAGAGGUUGCCAAACGCUAGUUUAUCAGCUGUUGAUGAACUACAAAUCCCAUGAUGCUUUGCCACCAUUAAAGCUUUUUAAAUAAGCAGCUGUCUAGUUUGUUAAUCUGGAAGUAAACUGGUAUCAUUCAUUCAAAAGUUAAUUUCCUGCAGACAAUUUCUGUGAAGCUUUUUAAAGCCAAACAACUUGGUCCAGGCCAGAAUCCCUGCAACCUAAUUAUGCAGAAAAUGUUUUAUUCCAUAAAAUUAAGACUUGAACGUGAUCAUACAGUUGCAGCAGCAGAUCAUUAAACAGCAUUGGGUGGACUUGACUUUCUGUGAAGUCUGCAGGAUUUCUCUGGUGCUCAAUUAAAGCGAUUAUUUUUUGUGCCACCUGCUGUAAAUAGGCCGAAGCUAUUUUUGUAUAUCUCAAUAUGUAUAUAUUUAUUUAAAAAAAAUAAAAUAAAAUUCCAGUUACUUUUAAUGGGACACCUUAACUUCCAAGAAUGUCCGAUAGUAUGUUUGCUUAUUAUUUUUAAAAAAAUAUAGCUCGGUGAGGUCUGAAAAAACCCCCCCAAAAAAACCCCUGUGAUUAGAGAAAUCAAAACCUGAACAUCUCCGCCUUGGCCAAUUAUUACAAACUCUAUCCUUUGCACCUGGCUGAUAACAUGGAGAGAGAGUUAAAGAAACAGAUGCAAUCCUCUCAUUUGCAAAAUGUGCCCUGGCUAUGCCAUACUAAACUAAAUUGGGAUGGCGCUUGCUAAAUAUUUUAUAGCAUAACCUAUGUUAUGCUAUAAAAUAUUUAGCAAGCGCCAUCCCAAUUUUGAUUGAUGAUUUAAAAUGUUUUCUUUCAAAUUUCAAAACUAUUGACAAUUACUCUUUAAAGGGUCGCUUGAGUUGUGUAAAUUAGUUUACAAUUCGUUGCGCAAAGUGAUCUUUUUAAGCUUUUCUACUUCAGCUAUUGGCAUUUCACGUUCCUCGGAGCCCAUGUCUGUGUUGUACUUUCAUGCAGAGCACAGCACUGAGAUCAAGUAUAGGGUGAAAUAGCUCCUAUUUAUUAAUUAAAAUGUUCCCUCUUUCUGUCAAAACUACAGUAUUAAGAGAUUUCUGGCAGAAACCCCGCCAUUCCAUAGAAAGAUAUGGGAGCGUCACAAUGGCAUUCGUCUACCAUAAAGUGACCUUUUAAAGGAAGACUCCAAACACCAUAACCACUGAGUGCCCUGGUACCACUCCAUUGUACGGAUCCAAACCACUUUAGAAAGCCUUACCUUCUUACCUGGGGUCUGCUGGGUGCCAAACCCUGCCUCCACAACUGCUCAAAGAGUGUCCAAAGUGACUACAGUACAAUGAAGUGAUUAUAGUGCUUGGAGUGUUCCUUUAAAAGAAACAGGGUUUGUUUAAAGGGGCACUAGAUUCACCAGAACCACUACAGCUUAAUAUAGUUGUUUUGGUGUCUAUUGCAUGGUCCCUGACAUGGUUACUGCCUCUAGUGGCAGUAACUAAGAUGGCCACUAGAUGUGCUACCUAUCACCGUGCUGCACACUGUGCAUCACCUACGUUUAGUAUCUCCCCUCUCCACAUGGAAACAUUGAAAAGUCCCCUUAGAGAUGCAAUGAUUCAAUGCACAUCUAUUAAGAGAUUCUGAUUGUGCAGCGUGACGUUUUGCUGUGCAUGCACAAUAGCCCACCAAUGUUUUCCUAUGAGGAAGCAUUGGAUUCGCUGAGAUCUUCAAGAUUGAUGACCUCCACCAUGGAUGCGGGGCCAGCCGCUACGAGACCGGCACGGCGAGGGAGAAAAUGUCAGUUUAAAAUCUUUUCAGUGAAAUCUGAUAGGGCCAGUAGCCUAAACAGCCACUCCAGCACUAUAGUGUAAGGAAUACAUGUAAAAAAAGUGUCCCUUUAAACAGCUUCCUUGACAAAAGCUCAAGUUACCAGCACUGAAGGGGUUGACAUUGAUUUAGCUCUCUUCAUUGCUAACACGUUAAAACAUUUUUGGCUAGAUAAGGAGGAAGUGAAUGCCUUAAGCCUGUGAUGAACAUUAUGGUAAGUGCAGUCCAGAUUGCCACUGUUGGCCAUAAUUAUCAUAGAUUCUGAGCAUUCUGAAAGUUCCAGUAUAGAUUCUAAAUCUUUAGUGUAUGAGAGGUGUGAGUGCAGUUAAAUGGUUCUGCACUUUUCUGGCAUUUGAAGGGUUAAGUAAUUGUGUGCAUGAAUAAUUUCAUCUUUUUGAAUACUCGCAAGCUGCUGAGCACUUUGACAGCCAUAUCCGAUCUUCAUGCAUUGCUAGGCUGGCGUUCCUACAAUUACACGUGCUUAGUCUUUGCUGUUUGUCAAUGUCACCACAAAGGACAUCUGUUUUUUUUUUUUUUUGCUUCAUUUUUCCUUUCUCUGGAUGCAGGUGGCCAUUCCAUCCCUGUGUCGGAGAUUGUUUCGGUAGGAGAAGCCGAGAUUGAUGAGACGUACCACCACAGUAUGAAAUGGGAGCACAUGUGCAAACCGCACGCUUUUACAGGUACACUCAGCAUGUACAGCUUAUUCUAUCCCAGCUGUGCCUGGAGGGAAAUGACUCAAGUUAAGCAAUAUGAAAAUAAAUGGAAUAUUUCUGCAUGAUAUUAAGUGCUCCUUCCCCUCUUGUCUUGCUUGUGUUUUCUAUUAAUUGUGUACUGAGUCCUAAUUAAUGUGAAUUAUGUGUUUUCCGUCUAGUUAAUUAUGUACAAAGGGUGAAGAACCACCGCUGGCGGUGCAAGGCUGUAACGUUUUGGUGCAGUGAUGAAGUUCUUUGUUGCCAUUGGCUAAAAGCACUUAACGAUCUACUUGAUCAUCAAAGUGAGUACAUUUUUUCCUUUAAUUUGCAGUCUUGCUAAGACAAAACUGUCUGUUUUCCCUCUGCCAAUAUUUGUCCUGUCCACAUACAAGGCAUGAAUUACUCUUCUAGAAGCGCAUCACUGCCAGUAAGUUAGAGUAAUGAUAACAAAUCUAUGGCGUAAGGGCCACCAUUUCCUCUUAGAGGCCAUUGAGGGGGCACAACGUUUUUGACUGGAGUAAAAUUCCUAGUGAUGUGCAUUGAUAUGGGGUAACAUUGGAAAUCUAAGGUUAAUGUCCGUAUAUCCAGCAUUGAAGGAGACUGGUAAGGGGAAUCCUACGUAGAUAAAGUUCACCUUGAAGGCAGGAAAAAGAGCAAAUCUGAGCACUUUAUGUGUUUUACAUCGCUGUGCUUUUUUUCUUUUUUGAUAUGUUUUGAUUUAUUUAAAACUGGGAAGUAUUGGACAGCAAAAAAAAAGUAUUGCACGUUUGAUAUAAAUCUGUCUUCUUAAACCUGGGGGGACAGGGGAGAAAGGGUCAUUAGUUAUUUGAGUGUGUAGAAAAGGUAUUGGGGAGGGUAGGGGGGCUGUGUAAAGUUCUGUUAAAUGUAACACAAAGCAUACUGACAGAUUGUAGAAGGUGUCUGGUCAGUUCUAAUACCAAUACUGCUCAUCACUUAUUACUUUGAUAAUAUCCAUAACUCGGGUAACCCCACGCAAUUUCUAAGCAAUAAGAAUAUCAUCUGGUAUACAGAGUUUAUAAUUGUGUUAAACGGAUACUCUAAGCACCAUAACCACUAUGGCAAUCUUUAGUUAUGGUGUCAGGUGUCCCUUGACUCCAUCCCAUUGUAACUUGUCAAACAAUUUAAAGGGAUACUCCAAGCACCAAAACAAGUUUAGCUUAGUGAAGUAGUUUUGGUAGAUCAUGUCCCUGCAGUCUCACGGUUUAAUUCUCUGCCAUUUAGCCACACCUCCCUGCCUGGGACUUACACAACCUGCCUGAAAAAGUAGCUUAAUUUUCAAUAAAAUCUAACAGCACAAUGUAUUUACUUUAGAAGUGUUUAACUCCUGUUGUGUUACAGGUUUGUGUUUUUAUUUAAUUUGUUUAUUUUCUGUGGUGUGUGCGCAAAUAUGGACAUCGUUAAUUGAGUGAGUUUGUCAACUGAACCUCUCCCCAAAUGAAUAAGGUCUGCAGUUGCACAAAAUUGAAAUGGCUAAAUUUUUCAUCUAGCAUAUCGGUUCAAUCUGGAAUAAGCGCACCUGGCAGAGCACAGUGUCAGCCUAUUUGCCAGCUUAACGUGCGACAGCGUUUGGGAAUUCAUGGCACCAUAACCACUAAAGCGCACGGUAUAAGUUAUGGUGCUUAAAGUGUCCCUUCAUGGUGGUGUUUUUGAAAGGGGACCACACAGGACAUGUGUGUUUGAGAACAACGAUGGCUGGCUGUAUAAGGAGAUCUGUUUUUUUGAGCAUUACACAACGUAAUUUGCUGUUAUAGCGAUUAGAUGCUCAGACACAAAGUGCAGUCAGUCCAAUCCAGUGCUCACUGCUAUAUAGUGAAACCUGUGAUCGUACCGUGUUGGCCGGUUUAAUCAAUCAAACGUUCCCUGACAUGCCAGAACCAUCAAAAGCACCGAUUUACGGUUUACUGAUAUUUUUAGUUUGUUUGUUCUUUCUGCAGCAUGUAGACCAAAGCACUUAUUAAUUUAUAUAAACCCGUAUGGAGGAAAGAAAAAAGGAAAGCAAAUAUAUGAAAAGAAAGUGGCUCCAUUAUUCAACCUUGCAGGCAUCUCUACAGACGUUAUUGGUAUGUAAAAAUAAUAAAAGCAAAUGCUCAUAUAUUCCCUUCCAAUUUCUUGUCUUAAUGGAAUUCACAUUUAAAAAUGUAAUUUUGGAUGCAUAUUCUGUCUACCCCUCCCCUUCUUUACAUUUAUCACACCUGUUUAGAAAUGACUUUCAUUCUUGUAUAGAAGCAAAGAUUAAUUUAAGAAUCCUGGGAAUUUUUAAUAAUGAAACACUACAUGUUGCAGCCUUGCAGUCACUGCGACUUACAGAAAUGUAUGAGUAGCUAAUGUCUCCACUACAAAAUAAACUGGAGACCACCUGGGGUGCCUAGGUGAAAAUGUGUGUUUUUAUUUUACACUGUAGCAAAUAAUGAUUGGUGUUUAGAAUCCUGCAUUAAAACAAACUGUUUUCUACCCAUGAGUUAAAUAGAUCUGUAGAUAGAGAUAUACACAAAUGAUCUGUGUUUAAAGGAACACUAUAGGGUCAGGAACACAAACAUGUAUCCCUGACCCUAUAGUGUUACCACCCACCAUGUAGGUGGCAUGCACCCCUUAAAAUGAAUUAAAACUCCCCUUCUUUCCAGCGCCGCGCUAGCCCCGCCCCCGUCCGCCUCCUUGGUGACCAUCAGAAUUUCCGAUUUUUAGCCAAUCCAAUGCUUUCCCAUAGGGAAAUAAGGCGGGCCAAACGCCGUUUUGACCAAUCAGCACUUCUUCAUAGAGAUGCAUUGAAUGAGGAAAAUUCUGCGUCCCCAUGCAGAGCGUGGAGAUGCUGAAUGGCAGUUCUGCCUUCUGUACAGCACUGAGCCAGGAAGCACCUCCAGUGGCCAUCUAAGGAGUGGCCAAUUGGAGGUGUCCCUAGGGGCAAUGUAAACGCUGCCUUUUCUCUGAAAAGGCAGUGUUUGCAUGAAAAUGCCUGAAGGCAGUGAUUAUACUCACCAGAACAGCUACAUUAAGCUGUAGUUGUUGUGGUGACUAUAGAGUCCCUUGAAGGUUUCAUUCUGCAUCAGCUUUUUAAAAAAUUGUCUCUCUCUCACGCUUUGUGUGGGUGUUAGUGUUCUUUUUUUAUUUUAUAGCUCCAGUUAUAAUCCUGUUGGUGACUGCACCCUAGCAUCUUAAUACAGGCUCGCCUCCUUUCCUAGAAAUGGCCCAUUCUGUAGUUGUCAUUAUUAAUGAUGUACUGACAGAUGAAUUGCCUAAAGUCAGUAUUUAUUUUUAUCCGUAUGGCUGCAGGAAUAUCUGAAAUAAUCUGCAAAUACAGUGGGAAUUUUUUUUCUUCUAAAUUUUAUUUUACCUGCUUUAAAUCAAUUGGCACUUGUUUCUUAUCGUUAUUGUUGUGUUUCUGAUAUAUUUUUAUUAUUCACCCCCAUUUAUUUGUGUUCUUGAAGGACAGGGUGGCAAGGAGGCCGAACCUUAGAGUAAAUGUAACAUUGUCAUUGUGAAACUCUAUGCAUUCUCUCCAAACAUGCAGGCCUCUUUUCAUCUCUAGAGCUGCCAUCAACAGACCAUGGAAUAAGCAUUGUGAAAGGAAACAUUUUUAUAGUUCUUACAUUUUUUUUUGGAUUUAAAACUUGUUUUGUCUGGUAUUAAAGCAAUAAUUUUGCGAGUUGUUAAACAGGAAAAUUAUCAGAUGGAAGAUUUUCAUGCUGGAUUUGAAACAUUAUCUCCCACUUAAAGCGGCACUGUCAUGCCGAACGUACCUUUCCUCAAUCUCUUCCUCUUCUCUCCCUCUCUCAGGAUCUGUUCUUCUUUUCUUCCUGUCUUCUUUAGUUUUCUUUAAAAUCAUAAGACAAAGUAGGGACUCUUUGCCUUAUGGAGGUUUCCUCCGCUUGACCAGCUCUGACCAGCGGAGGAGCAAAGUGUGCUUCAUUUCCGCUGGUCAGAGCAAUUUUCCCAUGAUCCUUACCUUUCCUCUGUGUUCCCGCGAUGCUUCCUGUCAUUUUACACUAAACUGCCGAAUUGAGUUAUAACUGAAUGAGAACUGUAUGUUCGUUUCUUUUAGAACGCAAUUCAGCACUUUAUUCGUAUCGGAAUUUCACUCGAAUGAAUGAAACGUAAAAUUUUUUUUUUGCGCUGAGGGUUUUUAUUUUAUUUUACGUUCGGUUAUGAUGGUUUUUUAUUUGGCCUUUUUUGGGGCUGAAAAAUGAAGAUUUGAGAAAAAGAAGACGUCGAAUGGUAAGUUUAAUUUUAUUUUACAGGUUAGUUAUUUUAUUCCCCCCUCACUAUUUUUUAGGGUGAGGGGGGUAGGUAGGGACUUUUUAUUUGGGUGCGUGACUAGGGGUUUAGGGACCCCUAGUCACCUUGGGGUAUGGGGAGAAUUGAUUUAGGGCUGAGGGGGGGGAACAGUAGGUCCCCCCCCUCAUCAUUUGGCCCCCACCCCAGUGGUGGGGGGGAGGACAGUAGGCCCCCAUUAUCUUUUUGGCCCCACCCGCCGCCCAGGGGUGGGGGUUUGAGGGGUGGUGGACAGUAGGUUCCCCCCCCCCAUUAUAAUUAUGGCCGCCGCCCUGGGUGGGGGCUGGGCGGGGGGGGAGGACAGUAGGUCCCUCCCCCCUCAUUAUCAUUAUGGCCCCCAACUGCCGCCCAGGGGUGGGGGCCGGGGGGGGCAGUAGGUGUGUCCCCCCUCCCCAUUAUCAUUAUGGCCCCCACGCUCCGCCCAGGGGUGGGGACUUGGGGGGGCGCAGUAGGUCCUCCCCCCUUAUUUUACCUUAGGGCCCCUACCCGUCGCCAAAUUUUUUUGAUUUUACAGUGAGCAGCCACAGGCAUUGGGGAGAUUUUAAUCUCCCUUAUGCUAUUAUGGGGGUCAUACUGACCCCCCAUAGAGUGAGGGGGGACCUGGGGGGCUUAGGAAGUGGCGGGGAGCACUGCUCCCUGCCGCUUCUGUCUUUACAUAUUACAAGGAGGGAGCUGCGUGCCGGUAGCUCCCUCCUUGUAAUAAACUGAGCGAACAAAUGAAGACUGAUACACAGUGUUUUUGUUCGGCUGAUAUUUCUAUUCAUUCAUUCGUCUGUCUGAUGAAUGAAUAGAUGAAAUUCCCGUUCGCAUGCCCAAGUGUUUCACUGGGCAUGUGCGGGAAUCUCAGUGCUAUCUAGUGUGGGCAGAUGACGUGUCCCACAGGGACUUCAUCUACCCACACAAAGAUGGCGGCGCCCUGAAUCAAGAUCGGGGCAGAAAAUAAAGAUUAAAAAAAUAGGUAAUUUGGGGGGCUUAGGGGCAUUUGGGGGUGACUAGGGGGUCAAUUAGAGAUAGUGGAGGCCGGAGGGGGGAUAAAAAAAAACAAAACAGGAUUCGGCAUGACAGUGCCCCUUUAAAGUGCAUUCAGUUUACCUUCUCUGAAAAAAAUCGUCGCUUUGCAAUAAAACAAGAUUUGCUUUAUGUAUAUUAAUGGUUGUAAGCUAAGAUGCAGAGGCUUAUGUUAUGAAUAAUUAAAUACAUGUAUAUUUUUUUUGUUUCUUGAGUCGUAGCAGCAAAAGAAGCAGACAAUGUAAAAAAAAAAAAAGUAUAUUUCAGUAAACUAAUUAUUUGCCGAACUGGAGCCAGUUGGAAACAUACUUUUUCAGUGUGUUACAAUUACCAAUGUCCUUUUCUUGCAGUGACAGAAUUUGCAAAUCAUGCUAGGGAUGACCUUUACGAAGUAAAUCUGGAAAAAUACGAUGGGUGAGUACAAGGAUAGGGCACAUUUUAUUUAUUUAUUUUAAACAAGAUGUAAAAAGCGAGGAACAUAACCCAUUUCAGAUAUACAUGUCAGUGUAUGUUUGUCCCAGUCUAGUUCUGCUUUAAUUUUUCUUGUUUGUCCUAUUUUUCUCUGCAUUUCACCCUGCUCUAUUCCCCCCCCUUUUUUUUUUUAAAUAUCCUUUUUUCCCUCUCUGUUUUUAUUAGAUUGUGCUGUUUGCAAUUAAAGCUGCAUUUCAUGUCAUUCUUCAUUCAUCCUUUUCCUUUUUUUUAAACCUGUGAUUUUGAUCUAGAAUGAGCGGUCCUAUUGGUUCAAUAAAUGUCUCUCUUUCCAAAAAACUUUAUACAUUCUCUGUAAACUUUUACUAAAGAAGUUGUCUCUUUGUAGUGUACGGCGUACCUUUUCAUUAGUCAACGUUUGUGAAUUGGCAGAUUCUGAAACUAAUGUUUAGCUUUUCAAUGUGCCACAUACCGCAUGUAUCUGUUUAGUAACACAAAAAAACAAAAAAUAAGAAAUACUUUGUUUAAAGUGUAGUAAUUGUGGAGAAUUGACACAAGAAUUACACAUUUUAGGUCAUUUAGAAAUCUUCUUUUACCUGACUCUUUUGGCUUAAAUAUAGUUCACAGGUUUAUUCUUCUUGUAGUAGUUAAAGUGUACUUGUCAUUAUACUCCUAACGUCAGGCAGAAAUGCUAGCUUAUGUUUAUAUUUAAAUGUAAUGCCUUUUAAAGAAUGAUCCAUCUCCCACCUGUCAAUCAAUCCUUGAAAUAAGUCCUGUACUUUAGUGGCACAGAAGGUCUAAGCUGUGGCCUAAGUGACAGGUGAGCAAAGGAUCACUCCCAAAAGUGGUUCUCUGCUGUAUUACUCCCCCACACUAGCAGGAGGGGAGUACACAGUGUUCUGAUGCUGUUGUGCUAGCAGUAAAUCCCAUCACAUCAGUUAGGAUUGCUUGGUAAGUAUCCUAAACAUGGACAUUCAUAAUUUAGACAGAUUAACACCCAUGGAUCCUCUGGCAAUCGUAGAUCUGGAGCAAGUUACAUCACCCCUCCCAAAGCAGAGAAUUGUAUCAAUCAUCUCUAUGAUAAAUUACAUAUUUGCUUUAUAUGUUACAAAGUGAACCUAUCAGAUUGAUUAUAAGUUGUCAAUGAUCUCUCGCUUCCUAUUGUACACUCUGUUUUGUGUCUUUGUGUUGCUUCACUUAGACAUUUAUAAGUGGCCAUUACUUACCAAUCUUAAUUUGAUCAUUCUUAAAGCUGCCUCUAUUACAAUAUCAAAAUGCUUUUAAAAUGUUCUAGAUUUAUCUUGAAUCAUUUCUAUAUUUCAGCCAAACUUCGUCUUCUAAAUGUUUUUUUUAGGUCUGUGAUUGUUAGAAUGAACACGUGUUUGUGUUUUGUUGGUAGGAUUGUGUGUGUUGGUGGAGAUGGGAUGUUCAGCGAGGUUCUGCACGGACUUAUAGGCAGAGUGCAAAAAGAUAAGGAUAUCGACCACGACAAUCCCGAAGCAAAUCUAUCUCCGUGUGCAAUAAGAAUUGGCAUUAUCCCUGCCGGUAAGUCAUUACAUGCAUUACGUUCAUAUUCAGUAUUUGUUAGUAUUUUUGUAGACUUUUUUGGGAGCAAUGGUUCUGCAACAUGAUUGAGAACAGUUGGAUGGCAGUUUUUACAAUCUUCUGGCAUUGCUACUUGUAACACUCAGUAUUAUUUACUAAACCCCAUGCUUUCAUGAAAUAAAUACCAAUUGAAAAACUGAGUCAAAAAAGAGCUGAUCUGGAAACCUCCCCAACUAUGCUACAGUCACUGUGUGUCUCUGUUUUUGCCAUUUGUAUUUGUGGAAUUUCAGAGUUUAGUGAAGAGCCGGGAGUGUUGGUUUUUCAGUUAUCGGUCUGUGGUUUUAGAAAGCCAGCUUUCAUUGUGCUUGUAUAUUUUAAGUAGAAAGUAAGCAGACACUCACUUUUAACAGGAUUGAGUUUUGGUCGAUGUCCAGAAUGAUAGAAUAACUGGUCAUAAUUCAAUGUUAGAUACUUAAUUCAGCCACCAUACAAAUCCCAUGGCAACAUGUCCUCUGUUCUGCAUAAUCGGCAGAAGUGCAAGAAGCGUUUUUGACCCAAUUCAUCAUAACUGCAACUAUAUGCCAUAUACAUACACACCCUCCCGCUGGCCGUUACUACAUGUCUGUCUGUCUGCAUUCUCAGUACUUUUCCUGUAACCCCUUUGUUAUAUGCAGUGGACAGCAUUCCAAGAAAGCGUCUUCUCGAUAAGGAAUCACUUUGAUAUAAUGCUGGCGAGAGACGAAAGGCUUUGGGUAUUCGUUCAGGGAUCCUGUGUCUACAGAACUGAUAACCUGAUAAAACGGACAGCCUUGCAUUAGUUAGAGCAACUGAUGGGUGCUAGGGGAGGAGCAAUUUUGUCUUUAAAAUAAUUAUGGUGACAUAAUCCUUGUAUUGUUUUUUUUAUUUUUCUUCCAUGUAUACACAAUUUAACCCCUUAAGGGCACAACUUCAGAAAUUAAAGGGAAUCAUGACGGAAAUUGUCCUUAAGGUGGUUUUAAUCUAAUCCUCUGGACUGAGAGGUCUGUGUAAGUUUAAUGUCGGGCCCCAGGCUGCAAUAAAACACAUUUGGAUACUUUAGUUUACGGUUGCAUCCUCGUGUUAAGGCCUGGUAAUUAAUUAGUUACAAUUAAUGUGUGUUCUACUUAUGUCUAGAAUAAUGGAGUUCUUUUUUAGCAGUCCUUCUUUUUUCCAGUAUUUGGUGUGUUUCUGUAGACGUUUCCAAAGCAUUGUUUAAUAUUUGUCCUUCCCGCCCCCUCGCCAUUAUACAUAGCUCCGUUUCUUUCCAUGACUUAUUGCAACACACUCAAACCAUAAUAAAUACCUUGAAAUCCAAGUGCUCUGUAAGGCAGGGAUUUUAUUAGCAAUAUGUCAAACCGUAAGAUUUAUCUGACGUCUUGGCUCCGGCGUAUAGUUCUAUUGAAGCGCCAUUUUUUUUUUUUCUCCUUACGAACUGCAGAGACUAAUCCUUUCUUGAGAAGCGUUUGUGCCCUUGGUUUCACAUUAAACUUUUUAUGUGGGCAGCGAGAGGAAUGAGGCUGCUGGUUCACAGCGUUUUGAUCCAUUGCAGCUUUUACUCUGAGCUUAGUAAAACUGGAUUGAACGUAGCUGGACCCAGGCAAAUUUCCAGAUCAUUCACACAAGAUAAAGGAGAAUAACUAAGAGUCACCAAUUUCCUGAGCGCAUUAACAAAAGUACAUUGUGUUUCAGUAAUGGGAAGCGGAAUUCACUGAAAUCACUUUGAUUUGGUAUCUCCUAUAAAGAAGUAAAAUCUAUAGAAAGUCUUCUUUCUCUCUUUUUUUACAUUUAGUUUAUAAGGGAAAUUUGAGCCCCCUGCACAUUUAUAUCAGCAACUCUACAGCUCCCUGUACAUUUUAAAAGGGUGGCACAUUUGAUUUGGUGUCUGCAGAGGGAUUUUAAGAAUUCAAUUAGUUAUUUUGGCAAUAAUUUCUGUUUAAUACCUCGCUUUAGUAAAUUGUCAGCAUUAUUAAAAGGCUGUGCCCAUACAUAACUUCAGUAUCCUAAUAUCUGUGAGCAGACAGAGCAAGUGUUGGCUUUAUUCUGAGAUUUAAUUUGGCAGGGACCAUCUUGUUCCGUUCUGGAAGUGCCUCUCUCACAUUCCACAAACUGGUUGAGAGAUGUUUCCCCCUUUAUAACAUUCACAGUGGGUUUUCUUUGUGGCUUUGCAUAUUUUUACACGUGAUAAACACAUUUAGCUUCGUCUGAAAUGAGGACUGUGACAACCAUUUCAAACAGUUUGCCUACAGUGACCUAACGUGUGAUUUUAUAAGUUAAAGAGUUCCCCCACCCACCAGAUAAGUCAUUUAACCCUUAUUUGGGCCUUAAUGGUAUUAGAUUUAUAUGUUGCAUUUAGAGCAUGUAAAAAAUACCAACAACAAACCUUUAAAAAAAAAUCCUUUGACUAGCCAUGUAAAAUGUUAAAGGGGACCUGUCUCUUUCCAGGGUUUAAAUAAUCGUUUAAUACCUAUACUUAAAAGGUUUUUCCCAAGCACCAUAAUCCCUUCAGCCCUUUGAAGAGGUCAUGGUGCUUAAAGUCUGCAUAGAAAUUAUUUUGGAGGAAGCCAAAGGAGCUGAUGUUUUUGCCAAGGGAGGCAGUGUAGAACGAGAACCGUGGGGAUCCAAGGACAGAAUCGUGGGGAACACCAACAGAGGGAUUGUAGAGAAGAGGAAGAGCCCGGAAUGUCUUUAGGGGGCCUUACAAAUACCCUUUUCAAACAAGUUGUUCGUUUAUUUAUUUAUAGAUUUUUGUCACACCUACUGUAUGUGAGCUAAAUUGCAUUUUUGCCUAUAUAGAAACAUUUCAAACCCUGUGUGAAAUAUUGUAAAUAAUCAUGUUAAUUUAUAUAUUGCAAUCAUUACACAAACAUGCCGUGUCUUGCUAUGUUUAUAUGCUGGCCAUGCGUCCCUUGCUUCAAAUAAAUGCUAUUCUAAUAGUUUCCAAUCACAGAGUGCUCGGUAGGGAAAAAAAAGCAGGAUUUUGUUUUUCUUCCAGGAUCCACAGAUUGCGUAUGCUUUGCAACUGUUGGUAUUAACGACCCUGUGACUUCAGCUCUUCACAUCAUUUUAGGUAUGUCCGCAUGCUGUGUUUUAUUUAUUUCUCUUUCCUUAUUUCCUAGCAGGAAUAUCUAUAAAAUCCAUAGCGUGAAGGAAAGAGUUGUUAUUCAUUUACUAUUGUUUGUUUGUAUGAUUAAAGGACCACUAUAGUGCCAGGAAAACAUACUCGUUUUCCUGGCACUAUAGUGCCCUGAGGGUGCCCCCUCCCGCCGGGCUCUGGGGAGAGGAAAGGGGUUAAAUCUUACCUUUUUUUCCAGCGCCAGGCGGGGAGCUCUCCUCCUCCUCUCCGCCUCCGAUCCUCCUCUUCGCGGCAGGAGCUGCGCGCCAUUCAGCCAGUCUCAUAGGAAAGCAUUCAUAAUGCUUUCCUAUGGACGCUUGCGUCUUCUCACUGUGAUUUUCACUGUGAGAAGCACGCAAACGCCUCUAGCGGCUGUCAAUGAGACAGCCACUAGAGGCUUUAGAGGCUGGAUUAACCCAUUUAUAAACAUAGCAGUUUCUCUGAAACUGCUAUGUUUAUUAAAAAAUGGGUUAAUCCUAGAGGGACCUGGCACCCAGACCACUUCAUUAAGCUGAAGUGGUCUGGGUGCUUAGAGUGGUCCUUUAAGAUAAAGGAUAGCACAUUAUUGUUUUCCAGUUAAUGUGCUGCUUGUUAAUGCACAGUACAGCUGCCGUUAUCUUCCACUCAGUGCUAACAAUAAUGGCUGUUCUAUUCCAUAUGCACUUGUUUGAAAUGGGGAAUCCAUAGAAUUGUGCAUUCGUAAAUGUCCAGCUAUGGAUUGAUUAUCGCGUCUGUGCUACGCCUCCCGUUUGGAAAUGUGAGAUCAUAGUCAACAUGGUUUGGGGGGAUUCUGAAAAGCCUUUUAAUUAAUUUGGCAUUGCAUUAUAUGGAUCUAAAUUGAAGGAACUGCUGGAGUUGUAUUACUAUGUAUACAAGCAUUGCUCUAUAAAGAUCUCUCUGGACCAGUGCAAGGUAUGCACUGCAGAGCUGGCCAUCUCACAGCAAUUAGUAAUGCGUCUAAGUAUAUUGUUUCUUAUAGACUGUAAUGAAAUGAGGCUGUUCGUAAUAACAUUGGAUGCACUAGUAUUGCCUCCAUACCUUACUUGUAGUAUAUCUGGGGGAAAAAAAAGUAUCCCUGAUCUUUAUUUAUUUAAAAUAAAAAAUGGACCAUUUUCUCUUUUGUGCUUUUAAGAUGAUGUAUACAUUAUACGUUAUAUCAGUACCGUUUUACAGCAUGCUGCACUAUAAAAUGGCCUGUUUAGUCAUGUCCCACCUAUAUCGGAAAUAGACUUCCUUAUAAAAACUAUGCACACAGCUCAGCUACUUAUAUUACUGAAUGAUCUGAACAGUGAAAACACCUGCAUUAGAAGGAGAGGACACCCAGGGAGACAUAAAGUAAGGAUAUUGUUAUCUGUUUGUAGUUUCUCUGACUGUCUGCAGCCAGGUUGUGAAUUAAAUGCAGCUAUCGCAGUGCUGUCUGGGCUGAGACUGUGUACAUACAUUUUGAUAAGGAAGUCUUUCUGGAAUGAGGGGGUGUGGUUAAGAAGGCCGGCUUACGGUGUAGCAUGCUGUAAAACAUUUUAUUUUUUGUGUUAUGCAAGAACUAUAAAUAUUUGAGCAUGCAGAACACAGCAUAUUAAUCAAACCAAAAUCUAUAAAAUGCCUUCAAGUUGUAUUGGUACCCAAAGUGCCCAUUUUAAAUAUAAAAUUAUUAAUAGAUUUAAAAAAGAAAUAUGUGAUUUUUAAAAAAAAAACAACAAAAAAUACUUUUUUUAGAUUUUGAUUUUAUAGAUUUAUUUUUACCACCAUGGUGUGUUUUUGUCCACUUGGUAAGUACAGGUUUUUUUUCGUUUUUUUUUUUAACAAAGUCUGUGUGUGUAUUCUAUAUAUUUUUCUUUUUCUAGGGGAUUCUCAGCCUUUGGAUGUAUGCUCGGUACAUCGAAAGAAGAGGUUUCUGAAAUACACGGUCUCUCUGUUGGGCUAUGGUUUUUAUGGUGAUGUUUUAAAAUGCAGUGAAAAGAAUCGGUGGCUGGGUCCAGCUAGAUACGACUUAGCAGGUAAAUAAUCAUUUUUUUCUGUGUUUAUUUUGGCAUGAAAACGUUAAAGGGGCAUACACCAUCAACUCUGUAAUUGAUUCAUGUAGCUCAAGAUACAUUUCUAUUUUCUUGCAAAGUGAUGUUCUAAUUUAGUUAUUGAUUGAUAUUGUUUAGAAUCAAUGUGAUAUCAUAGAAACAUGAAAUAUUUGCAUGUUGCUAUUUUGCGACACUUUUGUAUAAACAGUUUGGGGGCAAAGAGAAAGCUACUGAGAAUCUACAAAACUUAAUAUAUGCUCUGCUAUAUAUGUAUAUCAAAUAAAUGUGAUUGAAAUAUUAAGCAAAUGCAUGUGUAAUAGGCACGUAAUAGCUGUGGGAUAGGCAAAAGGCUAUCCUAACUAUAAGAUAAGGCCAAGGAAUAAUGAAAGUAUUUAGAAAAUUGGGCAGACUAGAUGGGCCGAAUGGUUCUUAUCUGCCGUCACAUUCUAUGUUUCUAUGUUUUCAUAGAAACACAGAAUGUAAUGGCAGAUAAGAACCAUUCAGCCCAUCUAGUCUGCCCAAUUUUCUAAAUACUUUUAAUUAGUCCCUUAUUAACAGUCUGGGACAGCCUUAUGCCUAUCCCACGAAUGCUUAAACCCCUUCACUGUGUUAACCUCUACCACUUUAGCUGGAAGAUUAUUCCAUGCAUCAACUACCCUCUCAAUAAAGUAAAACUUCCUGAUAUUAUUUUUAGACUAUGUCCUCUUGUUGUGGUAGUUUUUCUUCUUUUAAAUAUAGUCUCCUCCUUUACUGUGUUGAUUCCCUUUAUGUAUUUAAAUGUUUCUAUCAUAUCCCCCCUGUCUCGUCUUUCCUCAACGCUAUACAUGUUAAGAUCCUUUAACCUUUCCUGGUAAGUUUUAUCUGGCAAUCCAUGAACCAGUUUAGUAGCCCUUCUCUGAACUCUCUGUAAGGUAUCAAUAUCCUUCUGGAGAUACGGUCUCCAGUACUGCAUACAAUACUCCACCAGUGUUCUGUACAAUGGCAUGAGCACUUCCCUCUUUCUACUGCUAAUGCCUCUCCCUGUACAACCAUGCAUUCUGCUAGCAUUUCCUGCUGGUCUAUUACAUUGUCUUCCUACCUUUGUCAUCUGAAAUAAUUACUCCUAAAUCCCUUUCCUCAGAUGUUGAGGUUAGUAGUGUAUCAAAUAUUCUAUACUCUGUCCUUGGGUUUUUACCCAUCUUGCACUUAUUCACAUUAAAUGUCAAUUGCCACAGCUCUGACCAUUUUUUCUAAUUUAUCUAAAUCAUUUGGCUUAUCCCUCUUGGAACAUCAACCCUGUUGCAAAUUUUAGUAUCAUCAACAAAAAGACAUACCUUACCAUCGAGACCUUCUGCAAUAUCACUAAUAAAAACAUUGAAGAGAAUGGGUCCAAGUACAGAUCCCUGAGGUACCCCACUGUUAACUAGACCUUGCUUCAAAUAUACUACGUUGGCUACAACCCUCUGUUGCCUGUCACUCAGCCACUGCCUUACCCAUUCAACAAUAUUGGAAUCCAAACUUAAAGAUUGCAGUUUAUUGAUAAGCCUUCUAUGUGUAGCAGUGUCAAAAGCCUUACUGAAAUCUAGGUAAGCAAUGUCUACUGCACCACCCUGAUCUAUUAUUUUAGUUACCAAAUCAAUAAGAUUAGUUUGGCAUGAUCUCCCUGAAGUGUAAACCCAUGUUGUCUCUGAUCUUGAAAUCCAUGUUUUUUUAGAUGUUCAUCAAUCCUAUCCUUUAAAAUGGUUUCCAUCACUUUCCCCACUACUGAAGUAAGGCUUACUGGCCUGUAGUUACCUGACUCCUCUCUACUACCUUUCUUGUGAAUGGGCACAACAUUCGCUAACUUCCAAUCUUCCGGGAACUGCUCCUGUUAACAAUGAUUGGUUAAAUAAGUAUGUUAAUGGUUUUCCUAGUGCACCACUAAGCUCUUUUAAUAACUUUGGGUGUAUGGCAUUCUUGCUUUUGAUCUGUUCCAGAACUGCCAUCCUAUAAAAUGUUCUUACCAAUAAAACACUAGCUAAGACCUCAGUAAUACCGUGUGGAGCAGAUGGGACACAGUUUGGUAAUCAGGAGUCUGGAAUGGCAUCAUUAACAAGGGUCUGUUUCUCUCCAUUUUCCUGGACAGAAUAAACAUGAGAGCUGCUGUUUAUUUAUUUGAGUUUUUAAAGGAACACUAACGCUAAUAUUUUCCAAAUGCUUUAGUCCCUAUUAUUAUUUUUAUAAUAAAAUAAAGCUUUUCACUUGCCAUCUUCCUUCGCCGAGGCUCUUUACCUCUCUGCCUCCCACAGACCUAUUCAGAUGUAGUGGCGUGGGUGACUUUAGUGGACCUUUUAACCUUGGCUUUAAAUGGCUUUGAAUGUUUUGAACAGUGCCAUGAAUCUAAUUCUUUUGUGCUUUGCGCUUCAUUCUUAGCUGUUAUAAUUUGAGUUGUUUGUGGUAUUGUAGUUCUUAGUUAUGUCAUUGCUUGUUGAUUAUCCCUUGAAAGCAGUCAGGUAAGGGCAUUUCAUUAUUUUUUUGUGAGCCAGGCCUCUCGUUCUAGUACUUUGCUCUGAGUUGCGCAUUCUAGAUAACCUACUGGAAGACUAAAAAUUCAACUUUGCAUUAAAAUAUCAAAUGAAAAAGCUGACACGCAUGUUUCAAUAUCCUUGUAAAACUGCUUGGAUAGAUUACCGGAAAUAACACAAACACCUUAACAUUCACCUUUAUUCUAUAACUUAUUUACGUAGAGGAGUUUUCCAUAUGAAUGGUUUAUAUUUCAAUCUUUGAUCAUGGGAAGAAAUGUCAAUCUGUACCCCACUUAUCAUUUAUCAUAUCUUCCUGUUUGUAUGGUGUUAUGCUUUCAGUGUUACGUCCCAGAAGGGAAAUAAAAAAAAUAAAUGUGCAAUAAAACCAUAUAAGCCGUGAUGAGCAAUUAAAAAUGUAAAUGUGAUUUGUGGGUUUAGGAUUUCUUUGCUGUGCAACAGUGAUCCAUCAUUUUACUGCACUAAAUCUAUCCGAUGCUAUAACAUCCUUAAAUGUAAUUAUGGAAAUUGUAUUUAUUGUAUUUUCAAAAAUCUGUGUUCUUCAAAAUAAUAUAAAUCACCGUAAUUUGCUUCAGUAAAAUGGCUUUCACUCUUCCAUCAAAAUUAGGAUGCAGUCAAAUUACUGCCCAACUCUGCUGCACAAUUCACUCCUGCUUUAUUACAUUUAGCAAAGUUUUUCCCAUUUAAAAAGCCCCCGAGUCAUUGCUGUGUAGAAAUCCUUUAAAGCAUUUCAAAACUUAUUCUCUACAGUGCAUUUUUUUGUAUUUUGUGCUGAUUUUAUUCCCACUGUUAUACUACAAAGACUUGCACAUUAUAGGUCUACAUGGCACAUUAAAGGACACUAUAGUCAAUAGAACCACUACAGCUUAAUGUAUAGUAUACAGCUUAAUGUAAUGGUUCUAGUGUGUAUUGCCUGUCCCUGCUAAAGGCAGUGUUUACAUAGCUGCCUAAGUAUACCUCCAGUGGCAGUUACUCAGACGGCCACUAGAGGUGCUUCCUGUGUCAGUGCUGCACUAGCGUCCCAAUGCUUUUCUAUGGGAAGGAAUUGGAUUGUCAGAAAUCAUCAAAAUUGCUGAUAUCUGCCAUGGAGACGGGGCCAUCUGUGGCGAGUCCUGCGCAGUGUGGUGCCCAUCAAUAUGUAUACAGUGUCCCUGAAAACAUGGUGGAUCUGGUAACCGUAUCUAUAUUUAUUUAUAUCUUUAUACCAAUACUGGCUGAAUGGAUGUGAAUUAUUAUUCAUUACUAUUAGUUAUAUCACCUGAUAUGCAUCACAACGUCACUCUUGUAUAUCUUUUUAUAGGGAUCAAGACCUUUUUGUCUCAUCACUGCUACGAAGGAACGGUGUCUUUUCAAGCUGCCAAGUGGGCAGCGGGGUCUCCAAGGGACCUAACCAGAUGCAUGUCUGGGUGAGUGGACAGAGCUGGGUUGCAAUAUUCGUACUCCUGGUGGGAUAUGGAGGAAAUGUUUAAUCACAACGUGAUGUUUGUUAUUGCAGGUGCGAUAUUUGCAGACAAAGUAGCAAACAGCUGGACGAACAUCAGAAAGCACAAACGCUUGGCUCACUGCAGAAUGGUAAGAACUCAAGUUAUUGGCAGCAUCUUCAGGCUUGUUAUCUAUUCCCUUUUUAGACAACAGCUGGAGUGAUGAGAGUAGUAAUCCAUAGAAAGCUGAAUACGUUUUGUCAGAGUUCUAAACCCUGAGAGAGAGAAUAUCUUCUGUCUCCGGUUUGGAAAUAUCCGCUAACCUGUGCUCAUUGGAAUUCAGGGGGAAAAGUAACAUUGUGUCUACAAAGAUAUGAUGCAUCUGUUCAACUUUCCAGUCGGAAUAGAAAAAAAGAUUUAACAAUUUCACCGUGAUUAUUUGACAUGUGCCAGUACAAUUGAGUGUUACUCGGGAGGAUAUAUUGAGGAUUCCUCAUUUUCAAGUUUCUAGUUGUUCCAGUUAUGCAGGCAUAUCCUAUGCUGUCUGUGUGAAUACGGUGUCAUCAGAGAGCGCGAAUGACGGCACAUACACAUAUACACACUGUGCGUCUACAGCUGAACUCCCAGCCGAAGGGGAAAACAUGACCAAUGGAGACAAGGCCUUAGAAAGGGGUGGCAACAUUCAGCACACCGCAUGUUGUGGACUAAUAUUCCCUGAUGCUUUGCUAGCAUUAUGGGAGAUAUAGCCCACAACACCUGGACCUGUAGGUUGCUACCCCCUUCCUAGGACUUGGGGGUCAUAUAUGUAGGUUGACCGUGAGGUAUGUAAAAUGGCAUUUAUGGUCUGACCUGUAGUAAAUAUAUUGUGGAAAAUGUUAUCUGAAAUAAAGGGAAUUGUCUCUUGGUAUGAAUCUUUCUGUUGGAGUCUGAGACUGUGGCAAUCGAUCAGUCCUAGGAUGUGGCAGUCUAUUUGAUGGCCAUCUUUCAGUCUGUUUUUUUAUUGCAAAGAUGUGUGAAAAACACUUGUUUCACUGAAUUGGGUCUCUAUAAAUGUUAAUACCUUGAUCUGUUCAUCCAGGGCUUGUUUCAGUUUGAAAGGAUGCAGCAAGAGGUUAGAGUAGGCAUUACGGUUAGUGCGUUAAACAGAAUCGCUAAUCGUUCUGUGAAAUGCACACCAAUUAUUUCAACCCCCCACGUGGGAGGUGUUAACUAUGCAACUAUGGUGUAUCGCUUCUAGCUGGGCCAGUGCUUUAAUGCAUGUUUUCCUGAACUGAAUAAUGCUUUUUUUCUGAUCUCUAACUUUAGAAUAUGACCGGAUCCUGCAGCCUUAUAAAUGCUGCUAGGAAUGAGUUUUUCUCAUUUUAUUUUACAUUAUACAAAUCUCAAUGAAAGAUUUCUAAUAAUCAAAAAUAGUUUUGAGGUGACAGUUGUACUUUAAAUCUGGACUGAUUUCACCGCAGGAAGUUUCCGAUGGCUCAGAUUUCCUACAAGGUUGGAACUUUAAAGGUGAAUUUUUUUUUUUUUUUCUCUCUCCAAUAUUUCUUAAAAUAUGCAUUACCUACUUAAUGCCUUUAAAAAUGGAGAUCAGCUCCAAGCAGACUGUGUCCCUUUAAACUGUUAAGAGUGGGAGUCCUGUUACUUAUUGAUUAAUUAUAAACCAGAUAAUCUUUAUUGUAAAACAUUUCACGCAAAAAUAGUAGACAUGUUAAUUUAACUGUCCGUUCUCUAUCUGUAUUAAUGUAUAACUCUCUCUCUCGAUAGAGGUGGAAAUAUAGAUAGAUUAUUUCUAUACAGUAAAACUCCUUCCAUGUCCUCCGAUGAGAAUUGAAUUAUGAAAUGGAAAGUUUUGAAACCUCUUGAAUUAGUAGGAACAUGAAGAGUAUCAGCCCUUGACUGUAACAGAUGGGCAGUAAAUGGCUUCUAUGAUUAUUUGAAAUCUCUUAUUAUAGCACAGGUGGAUGUCACCUAAUUGGCUCAUCUGGUGGCAAGGGCGAAAUAUUUGUUUUUGCCUUGUUUUUUCACCUUUGUGCAUGUCAUGCAAACGACUCCUGGUGCAGAGUUGCAAAAAAAAAAAACACUUUCAAAUUGCAGGGCUGGUUAUUAACCCCAUCUUCUGCCUGUGACAAGGUUAAUAUGGGCAAAGAGUAAUGGAUUUUAAGUAUUUGGCAAAUCUGUUGCGAGUGAUUCAUCCAGAUGUCUUUGGAAACAAAAGGCAAUUAUGUGAUUGGCAGAUAGCUGUAUAGCGAGAGAGUUGGCACUAGCAGUAGAAGGCUUUCCAAACAGAGGCUCGUGAAUAUGAGAUUAUACUCAGUGUAUUGAUGGUAAUACUUAUUUUUUGUGCGUUUGAUGUAUAGCUAAGGGCAUUUUUUUGCAUUAUUUUCUUGGUUAUUUGUCAUUUAUGGAUUUUCUGUUGAAAUUAAUUCACAAAGCAAUUUCCAUAAUCUGUUGGUUCAUUUAUAAGAAGCCGGGUUGUUUUCUGACUGUUGGUCUCUAUUUUAUUAGUUUGCGUUAGUUGAAACUUGCAUUGAAUAGUAGAUUCCAUAACCUCUAACAGCUUCCUAAAGUCCGGUAUGACUUAAUUAAACAAAGACAUUUUUAAUAUUAACCAAGCUGUAAAACCCAACUGGUGAAGACUGCUCCAUUCUAAACACCUCAUCGUGUGUGUCUGUGUCUGUCCUCCAGAUGGCUUUUAUUAGGUUAAUCAACCGGCUUGGUAAAGGGGCUUUAAAAACAAUAAUUUUGAUUUAACAAUUUCAAAUGUAUCCUGACACUUCCCUUCGAAAUACUAGUGACCCACAAUAUCUUGUUCAUUUUUAUUUCUUUACUAGUUGAUGGGCAGGUUUCCCAUUCUCACUAAAAUGCUAGAUAUCGACAAAUAUGUCUCUAGACCACCGUCCGUCACUGUGUAACUACCGUAUAUACUAGAGUAUAAGCCGACUUUUUCGGCACAUAUUUUGUGCUGAAAAACCUCGGCUUAUACUCGAGUCAUUGUCUGUAUUAUUACAUUACAAGCCUGGCAGUCCUGUUGGGGGCUGGCAGGAAGCAUUUACUUACCUUUCCUGCAGCUCCUGUCAGCUCCCUUCACCUCCGUUCCCUUCCGCUCACUGUCAGCUCCGGUCUGCUCCCUUCACUUCCGCUCCGUUUGGCUUACUGUCUAAAUCUCGAGGGCUCGAGGGCUCUCUCAUUCCCUGGUGGUCCAGCGGCAUUGGCUGUGCAGGAGGAGGGCUGGCAGCAAGCUGUUACUUACCUUUCCUGCAGCUCCUGUCAGCGGAAGUGAAGGGAGCAGACCGGAGCUAAAUACAUAUUCAAUCAAUGUAAUUUUAUUGGGAUCUAAUUUUAUUUAGAAAUUUACCAGUAGCUGCUGCAUUUCCCAGGCUUAUACUUGAGUCAAUAAGUUUUCCCAGUUUUUUGGCUAAAAUUAGGGGCCUCUGCUUAUAUUCGGGUCGACUUAUACUCGAGUAUAUACGGUACUUUAUAUCUUUGUUGUGUACAAUGUUCUUGUAGCUGCAAAACUUUAUUUAGAAUUGUCUUCUUUUUAUAAAAGGGAGAUAUGUAUACUCUUUGCAAAUUAUCAUAACAUCUUAUUGUGCUCUGUUACUAAAGCCUGCGAUGAUUGACUCUCGUAUAUCUCAAUAGAAAUGAAAAUUGAGAGGAAAAAAAAAUUCCUCUAGAAUAGAUUUCACAAACACACAUAAUGAAAAAUGUAAAUCUCCAUUAAAGAGGCUUCUCGUACUGAAAUCUGAUGAAAGAGAACAUUUCUGUAUUUUAGAGAAAGCAGUUUUAUGUUACUGAUAAUUUGUAGAAGUAAAAGGUUUGAACUGGACUUUUUGUGAUAAAACAUUGUUUUACAAUAAGAGCCCAUCACUUUGAAGAACACAAAGCUGUAUUGCUAGGAGACUUUGACUGUUAUACGGUGAAGAAUAGGGGAUUGGGCAUCCCUAGGUCCUGUUGUAGUAUAAUGGGUUCAGGGGGCUUGGCAUAAAAUGCAGAGAUCACUGCCAUAUGGGAUGCAGCUAGUAAUGAAUGAAUCAAAGAUCUCUACCACUGGCAGAAUGUACCAAUCCAUAUUAAGCUCACUGUACUUUCUCACGCUAAUUCCACCUUUUUUUUUAUUGCUAUUUGUGGUUUCUUUUUGUAUGUUUAUUUUUCCGCUUAGUUGCUAUUAAUCAUUGCUGCAUCUUCGAGAGCGAGGUAGACAAAGAUUGUGACUAACCUGCUCAAAGACUUCAAAUAAUGUCACACAUUAAAUUGCCUUAAAUCUUGAUUUAUUUUUUAUUUAUUUUUAAAAACACCUCAAGACAGCAUGUGGAUAAUUAUCCUUUAGUGGUAAUCUAGACAUUGUAAUUUAUAUUUUCACAUCCCACAUUGGAUAGGGUCUUCUUUAACGAGAAAGAUAAAAGCCUCAUUUAACCUAUACUUGUUUGUAUGGUGGGUAUUUAAAUACCAUUCCUCCAGCUGUUGUCUGAUUUUAGGACUUUCUUAAAGGACCACUAUAGUGCCAGGAAAACAAACUCGUUUUCCUGGCACUAUAGUGUUAAUAGGUCGCCCCCCUCCCUCCGGGCUCUAUGAGGAGGAAGGGGUUAAAGGCUUACCUUUCUCCAGUGCUGGACUCCCUCUGCGCUGGGGACUCUCCUCCCUCUUCUGCCGAGCAUUCUCAAUACUUUCCUAUGGACGCUGGCGUCUUCUCACUGUGAAAAUCAAAGUGAGAAGCGCGGAAGCGCCUCUAGCGGCUGUCAGUGAGACAGCCACUAGAGACUGGAUUAACCCUAAUGUAAACAUAGCAGUUCCUCUGAAACUGCUAUGUUUACAGCUGCAGGGUUAACCCUAGAUGGACCUGGCACCCAGACCACUUCAUUGACCACUUCCACUUCCUUGAGCUUCAUAGUCCUUUAAAGCACUAUGGGCAGAAAACAAAUGCAGCGGAAUUUUCAGAAAUGAAGUAAAUAGUUCUAAUGUGUAUGUACAGAAUAUUUUAGUGUUCUGCAAUUUUACACUCCCUAUUUAUGCACCCCCCUCAAUAGGAGAAACUCUGGAUGCAGUCUCAAAUUCAUAAAGAAUCCUAAAUCCUCAAUUACUGCGUCUUGAUGCCUCUAGUGAAGAAAGAGAGAAAGAUUAACCGCACAACGCAAUAUAGCAGACAGAUCUGCUUUUUAAAAUAUUAUGUAUUAUUGGCUAGGCAAGAAUAUGUGAAAUUCCUAAUAAAUAAGGAAAACUUAAUACAGACGCUUCACGUUCAGAUUACACUUCAGAAUUAGUCCUUUACGAGGAUAUAUUAUAAAGGUUUUUCUCCAACCAAAAACCAGUGUUUUUUCCAUAAUUUUUUUUGUUGGGGUAACCCUUUGUGAGGUGCAUGCUGCAAUUGGCUGUCUGGCAGGAGCAUGCUCUUUGUGCUGGUAUUAAAUGCCAACUUAACAGACGUUGACAUUCGCCAGUCCCGAACCUCCAACAGCUAAGGGGUUAAUCUCUGUUUGUGCAGUGUUUCAUAGCGAAAUUCAGAGCACAGGUUCCAUGACCACUUAAAAUCACUGAAGUGGUCAUGGUUCUUGAAAUAACUCUCUAAACCAAGACAUUCUUUGUUCUGCCUCUGUGAAUCAUUUAGUGUGUACUUUCACUCCCUUGUCACAGGUCAAAGAAAGGGAAAAAAACAAACACAGCAUGUGAGUUUGUUUUUGUAAUGCACAAGUGAUCUAGUUACGGCCAUGUUAGUGGUAGUGUCCCUUUAAAGACAAAUCACCUAGACUGACCUGGGAAUGGUUCACAGAUGUACUGCGGUGUCAUUAGUCACCAAUCCACGCUCUCUGUCCAGCUGCUCUCCAACUGUGACGAGGAUGUAAAUGUCAUUCUUUUAAAUCCCUGACGUGUUGGGGGUUUUUUUUCUCCUCACAAUGAAGGGGAAAAAAACAACAAUUUAAGAUCUAUUCCUCCUGUUAUAAUUACCUUUCUGCAUGCUUGAAUAAGAGUUAAUUGGCACCAAACCUGUGGAGUAGUCUGCACAUUGUAUAACUGCUUUAGAAUGCUUUCAACACUGGCUGCUUCACGCCCCUACCCUGAAUCCUUCUAAUAUUGGGGAAUUACAUUUUCGAACUUUCUUUCAAUUCUUUCUUUAAAUGUUUGCGAGAAUAGUAGGCUGUCCAUGUGCCACCCCCUCGCCUGUUUUAUGUUGAAGGUUUUUACAGCGAGUGGUAGAUAUUUUUUUAUUUUUUAUUCUCUUCUCUGUGAUUAUCCUGAUAAUAAGAGACUUUAAUGUGAUGUUUGGUGGAGUGGUUUUUAAAAGAACAUUUUAAAUCACUUUACUUACACAAAGUUAAAUCAGCAUUGUCAUAAUCUUGGUGCAUGCUGUCAAUUCAUUUCUGAGUUACAUUAUAGUGUUUUUUAUGGUCUGUGUAAAGCAGAGCACUGUUGCUAGUGGAUCUUAAAAUAUAACAACUGAGGGUGCAUUAAUACGUAAACCAUUUCAAAUAAGUUCAUAAACCCGUUUCAUACAUGGUCAUUGGGUCACAGUUUAUUCCAUCAUCCUCAGUGAUUUGAAAUGGUCUUGGUGCCUGGAGUCUGUAUGUUCUGUGUAGUAAUGCUGCAUAUACCCAGUUUAACCCCUUCACCUUUGACAGCUUUAUGGGGUAUCAUCCAUUCAGGAACAGGCCGAGGAGUCUAGUUGUAGCUGCACACAGACCCACUAAGCAUCACAGGGAAGGAAUCUGGGAAUUUAUAUAUUAUUAAUUCAUUUUAAUGCAUUAUCUAUGUUACAAAGAGGAAGAAAUUUUGCUCUGAUUGUUUCCCUUUAUUGGCAAAUUGUAUUUGUUUUAUGAAAUAGAGAGAAAUCCUAUUGUUGAGCAUAAUAUCCUCUGGUAGGUCAUCGUGUAAUCAAGCCUGCUUUCUAACAUUGAAUUGUGAAACUUUGUAUUUUUGUACUAGAACAAGAAGAUUGGAAGACAAUCAAAGGGAAGUUCAUGGCAGUCAAUGCAGCCAACAUGUGCUGUGCCUGCCCGCGAAGUCCAAAGGGUCUCUCCCCGGCAGCUCAUUUGGCAGAUGGAGCGGCGGAUCUCAUUGUGGUUCAUAAAUGCUCCAGGCUAAAUUUUCUGAGGCACCUUAUCAGACACACAAACAAGAAAGACCAGGUACUGUGUAUGCAGAAUGCGAAAAUAGAUAAACUGCGCACUUCUAAAAUAUAUUGUGAUUGCGGCUCUGUUAACAAGCAGUUUUCUUUCCCGGGAGGAGUACCUGCAUUUUUAAAGCUUAUUUAAUAUAUUUUUGUGUCACUGGACUUGCAACUGCAGCUGGAAAGCUGGCAAAGACCAGGAAGUAGCUGAGAUUGCGCCACCAAUGCUCCCACUGAUUGGUCUCCCAUGAUAGUCUCUCGCUGGACAGGGGAUUUGGAAAUGGUUUGUUGCAUUCAUUAAAAAGUGUAUCUGAUUACAAAGUAGCUCCAUUCAUGUUAAUUGUCAAACUUAUUAUGCAGCUAAGUCAAGUUGGCAAGCAUCCUAAUAUGACCUGCAAUUGUAAUAAUACUAUACAAAAAUAAAGGAAACCGCCUUGUCUUGUGAUGUUAGUUUGUCCACUACUGUAUUAUUACUUGCUGUAGCUAGCGAUGUAUAUAUACUUUUACUUAUUAUGUUUAUAUGGUAAAUGUAAGCAUGCCCGCAUGCUUUAUAUAAGGAAACAAAAGUGAGCAAAAUGUGACUUUUAAUUCUUGCAUUGAGUUUUUUGUAGUUUGGUUUGGCUUAUAUAAUCCUUUUUUUUUUCUAAUCAGACCACAUCUUUGGAACAUUUUUAUGCAUCUGAAAAAUAUAUGAACUCUUUCAGUUCAGUAUUUUUGUAGUUGACAGUCUUUCAUAGAUUGACACGUGCGUUUGUUUAUGGACUAAUCGAAAAAUUGUUAAUAUUUCAGCUGCUAUUUGUUUUAGGACAAAAUCUUUCUCGAACAAUCAAAUGAACAAAUGAGCCAGUGAAUGCAUUUCUUUCCAUGCCAUUCGUUACGAAUAUGAGUGAAUGAAUAUCCCCCUUUUUAAUUCAUUCAUUUCCAUGGAGAUUAUGAAUUGUAUGAAAUAAACAAAAUUUUGAUCAGACUUCGGAGUAACUGAAUAGAUAUGCAAAACAUAUUUCAGUUGAACUGAAAAUUUUCAGAACAGACCUUAUCAAACCAAAAUGAAAAUUCUUUAUGUGCUUAUCUCUAGUCUUUUCAUUUAGUUACAUUUUACUAUUUUUCCUCCAUCUGUAGUUUGACUUUCCAUUUGUUGAAGUUCAUCGGGUGAAAACUUUUCAAUUUACCCCAAAACAUUUUGAAGAUGAAGAUGGUGACGCAGAGAGCACAGACCUAAGGAUUUCUGGAAAAAAGAACUUUGCGCAGAUCUGUACAGAUCAUCCCUCGUGUGGAUGUAAUCAGGUGAAUAGCAUCUGGAAUUGUGAUGGAGAGACCCUGGACCAGACUGCCAUUGAGAUGAGGUAUGCUGCUUUACAAUCCCAUUGAGGUUUCUGGAACGUUUUUCAUUUUCAGUAAUAGGCGAUCUAAACUUGGAAUUCACCUUCUGUUCCCUUUUUAGAUAUUUUCCAGAAUAUGGCAAACUCCUUUAAUAGUGAUGGGGAAUCUCGGCAAACCAGAUAGUCCUAGUCUUGUGGCUUUUAAAUGUAGUUUAUAUCAUUAUUUUCUCCGUUUCCUUUAUUCCAUAUAUGUAUAUAACGCUGUCAUUUUCUUGUGCAAUUUUUGUUUUCAUGCUCUCUUUUGAAAUUGACACUUCUUGUAAAAUAAUACAAAGGGACACAAUGUCUGCUAAAGAUAAGGUGCAUUAGGUUUGGAGUUUGCCUUUAACAAUAAUUAUUCUAGAUGAAAGUUUAACCUGCCUUUUUCCUCGGAAGUGCCUAUAGUGGCUGUCAGGUAAGCUCUGAUAUGUAAACAGUGCUUUUCCUGUGUAAAAGCAAUAUAUUCAGUUGCAGGGUUAAAACAGGGGCAUGGCACCCAGAACACUUUAUUGAUGUGAAGUAGUCUGGGUGCCUAUAGUGUCCCUUUAAGAAAAAAUAAUAAAACCUUUUAUAAAAUUCCCAGAAAUGUUAUGUUAUGUCUCCAUAUUGAUGUGCUUUAAUUGUAGUUUCUUCUUUUCCCAGGGUCCACUCUCAGUUGGUUAAAUUAUUUGCACGCGGUGUCGAAGACUCCAAGCCAAAAAAUAAAUGCUCAAGCAGAAUUUAGGGAAAUGCAUUUUUAGAAGUCUUUAUUUAAUGAAGACUGUGAUGUGUGCUGCCCUACUAAUUGUAUUUAUUUUACAUAUAUGUGUAUGUUUUUGAAGGAAAAAGUGUGGAUGAUGUUUAAAAAACAAAACAAACAAAAAAUCAUUAGUUUGUUGUGGAUAGUUGAUAGGGUUUUUUCCUUCUAACUUUGCACCUUUUAUUUUUGUCAAUAUUACCAGAUGCUGGUAUCAUCGUAAUGCUGUGUUGCUUUUUAAAUGGCAGGUUUUUUGUAAAAGAGAAAAGUUGUUACUUUGUAUUGUAUGACAGUAAACCUGUAUCUAGAUUAUUUGUCAUAUUAAGUUCUAAUAUGGGCAAAGCAAUAAUCUAAAACAUAAAAUUGUAUUGUGGAUGAUCAUAAGCAAGAAUACUGCCCGUGGUAAUUGCUUAAUUGUUCAGAAUAACCGAAAGUCUCUUUUAUAAAUAAACCUUGGAUGUAGAUCCUUGUGGAUUUAACAAAGACUAAUUUUGUCAGACUGCUAACAAGCCAGAGUCAGGAAUUAUUUUAUUUUUCUUGGCUACAUAAUAACAUCAAGUUAAUAAGGUCAUAUAUUAAUGGGUCACUACUAAAUAAAUGAUUUGUUAAACAAUACUUAACUUAUUUUAUUAUGUAAAUGAAUAAUUGAGAAAAAAAAUGGAUUUAUCAUGGGCUUAAAUUUGGUACACGCAAAUUAAGGAUAUCAUGUACCACAAAAAUGAAUUUUUACCAAUAAAAAAAAUAAAAAAUGGCUGAAACAUUUUACCCAUAUCCAUAUAAAGUAAAGGGAUCCCCCUGUCUGUUACUCUGAAAUUCUGGCUUGUUAGUGGCUCACAGGAACGGAAGCCAGGUCACUUGGCGUCCUUAUUAAUUUAAUUUGGUCCAGGAGAUCGGCUUAAGUGUUUCCUUAAUUAUAAUGUUUACUGUAGCUGAAAAUGUUUACUAUUUGCAAUAGUAGAAUGAAUUUGAACGGUACAGUUUUAGGAAGUAAAAUAAACUUUCUAUUUAAUAUUUAUCGAAUUGGUUGAAUUGAUAGUUGAAGUUGGAUUUCAUAAAUCACAUUUUAUGAUCGUGUUAUGGCUAGCCUUUAUUUAGCCGUAUCAAAAAUUAUUUUCUGCACAAUAAAUCUACAAGACACCCAUUCCAUGUAAGAUUUUUGAAAUAAUUUAGACUUUAUAAUGUGGAUGACCAAACAUGUGUAUAGCUUUUUUUUCUUCUUCUGUUUAAAUCUUUAUUUGAUGCAGAUGAGUAGCGGAUGCGGUAACUUGUCCCGUAAUCUGCAACAUUUUAUAGGAGAAAUGCUUGGCAAAUUUCCAUUUGUGUCUUUUUUAUUUUUUAUUUGUACCUAUGUAUUUUUCUCGACCAACUGCUAUAGAUAAAAUGCUAACUUUUAUUCUUUGCAUCAUGCAACCUAGCAAUGCAACUAAAUGAACAUUCCUAUUAUUUUCAAAUCCUAAAAUCAUAAUAUUUUAGUAAAUAACCUUUAUAGAUUUGUUACGAUGAGAAGAUAGAUCCAUGUUGCAGGUGGUGUGCACUUGUGUCAGUGUACAAUUUAAACACAAAGUGUUGCAUGUAUAAAGAAAAUGUAACAUUGUUCUAAUAAAUCUUAAUUAAACUGACUGUAAAAAGGAUUUUUUUUUUUCUGCUGUCAAGUUUGGUCAUUCGAUAUAUGUUAACCAUUAAAUAAAAACUUGAAUCCAGUUUCAUAAUGAAAAUACUUACCUGUGAGCUAGAAGCUGGGAUUGCAAACGGGACAAGCAAAAGGUUAGUGGAUAGAGUGAAUGGACAGACAUGCAUUGUGUUUGCUAAUUAAAGGGACCCUCCAGAACCCUAGAGCAUGUUGCUUGCUGAAAAGCUUUGUGUGCAGUGUGACUUUUUUUUUUCUUUUUUCCAUUUUGCAAAAAAAUGCAGCUUUCAAUAGAAAUUUACACUUUUAAAAAUUAAUAUUUUUACCACACCCUCCUCCCCCUGGCUUUUCAAGCAGACAAUCGGUCCCGUUAGCUUAUUUGCACUGAAUUUAAGAUGCAGGUAUUGCCCAGAGCACCUGCCUUGCAAAGAUUUCUCAUUGAGCUGCAUCGGGAAGUCUGUAAUUUGACAGCCACAGAAAGUCUGGGUGUGGUUAGAAAAGGAGGGCUUGUAAAGGCAGGAGGCAAGAGAUCUGCAGGUUUUGCAAGCCGAUUUUAGAUUGAAUGCCAAUAAAAAAAUAAAUAAAUAAAAUGCAGAAUUAAAUACAUUCAAGCUUUCAUUUUGGGUGUAUCUACUAAACAGUGAUUUUUUAAAUUUAUUUUUGUAUUUGGGCAUUGGAUUGUCCCUUUAAAGAAGAUAUGCAGUUUCAAUUGUAGAGAGGUUGGUAUGUGAAAAAUAGGAUUUUAAAUGAAAUAUUGCAGGAUUAAAAAAGCAUGCUGCAGUAGCUUUCCCAAUAAGUAAUGCGUGGCCAACUGUAUGGGCUGAAUAAAUUACCUUCCAAUUAAAUGCCCGCAGAAACAGAAUCUGGGUAACAUAAAAAUAUCUGUAUAUCGAUGUAAGUGUGUGUGUUCUCUAAAGAUAAAAUAUGACAAUCCAACAGUGCCUUUCCUAGAUUCACCAUGAAUCCAUCAGCUUUGACGGAUGAGGUUUACAGUUCAACUUUUUGAGUUGAGAGAAGAGUAACGAAGUAAAGUUAAUGCUCCAUUGAGGAGAUUGAGUUUAAAGAAACAGGCAGUUAGACACAAAGGAGUGACCGUUAUUAAAAGAAAAAUUCAAGAAAGAAGAAUGAUAUAAAUCCGUGGAUUCCUUUAGCAUAUGGGCCGUACCUGAAUGCAAAGGAAGUUCAAAAUCACCUGUGGCUGUGCUGCUACUCUUGAACUUUGUAAUAGAGACGAAUAAGUAACAUAAAAGAAGACACUGAAAGUGUUUUGCAGAGCUAAAAUGAGAACCAGGAAAGCAUAUGGUUAUGAAGGACAAGAAUAAACCAUAAAUGGUCCACAGUGUCAAAAAGAAUUAAAGCUACCACUAAUUUAAAUUACUCCUAAAUCCAAAGUUCCCUUUAGAUCAUUUUCACCCGAGUGCCAAGAGCAGCGAUUAAGAAGAAUAGAAUUGAGAAAAUUAAAGGAAUGUGCGAUCAGAACUUAUUCAUGUUUUCCAUAUCCACACUUUUUGCCUAAAUAAAUAUUGCAAUUCAGUUUUCAUUUCACUCUGACUGGAUGUUUGGGUAUGAUACGACUUAUUUAAUGAACUGCAUAUGGUAUCUCUGACAUAGUCUAAAAACAGCCUUGUUCCUCUUCUUCAGAAGUGAUGUAGAUUUUAAAUUUGCAUUGGGCUUUAGUGAUGGAAUAUAUCAUUAAAUACUAUGUUCUUCAUAAAUCAUCUUUUAGCUGAAAAGCCAAUGGAAAUGGUCACUCCAAGCACCGUGACCACUUCAGUGUAACUCCAUGUCUGACCGUGUCAUUGAGAUAUUGUUAGCCAACAGGGAACAAGAGUUCCCGGCUGGCUUAUGUCAAUUCUGUACACAGUUCUAUGCACAGAAUUACAUUCCUUUGGCUGAGUGAUUAUGAUGCUUGGUGUAACCCUUUAAAAUAAAAUUUGAUACCACUAUUGCACCUGAAAAAUGUUCUGUAACUGCCAAUCAGGAAGAGAGACUGAACUUCCCUUGGUUAGACUUUUCAAUACGAGUCAUGUAAGUUACAAAAAAAAUAUGACCCACCCCUAAAGAUGGGGGCAACUGAAAGCCAAGCGAGCAGAAAAAGAGAGGGUGAAGUCCAUUAUUUGAGAGUAGAAUCCAUACCCACAUACAAUGCUGCCAUGGAUGGCCAACACGGUAUAUGUUGGUUAACUGUUGCUUGUAUACAGUUUAUCACAUCUCAGAAAAUCAGAUUCACACAGCUCUAUACCUUUAUAUAAACCCCUAUAAAUCUACAUAUUUACCAAUAUGUGAGGUUUUAUUCACUUGAUGAUACGAAUAAGUUUUUUUGGUUUUCGCAGUUUCAAAUUGAAACACUAUUUCCUUUUACAAUUGUUAUUGAUGGGCUCGCAUGAUGACUAUAAUUUUAAAAUGUCACUGUCUUACAAUAUUCAAACACACAUUACUUUUAAAAUGCCCUGGAACAGUCCAUUUAAAAACAAUAUGACAAAUAAUAUAACCAUUUCAUUUUUGUUUAGGGAGAUAGAAUUUGUUUACCAAAAUGGUUUUAACUCCAUAAACCUCUCUCUCCACUCCAAUCUGCUCACCCUCCCUACCUCUCUGCUUGCUCUCAACUCCAAUCUACUGUCCUUCUCUGCCUGCUCUCCACUCCAAUCAGCUGACCUUCCCUACCUCUCUGCCUGCUCACUACUCCAAUCAGCUGACCUUCCCUACCUCUCUGCCUGCUCACUACUCCAAUCUGCUCACCCUCCCUACCUCUCUGCCUGCUCACUACUCCAAUCAGCUGACCUUCCCUACAUCUCUGCCUGCUCACUACUCCAAUCAGCUGACCUUCCCUACCUCUCUGCCUGCUCACUACUCCAAUCAGCUAACCUUCCCUACAUCUCUGCCUGCUCUCCACUCCAAUUCCCUACUCCAAUCAGCUGACCUUCCCUACCUCUCUGCCUGCUCACUACUCCAAUCUGCUCACCCUCCCUACCUCUCUGCCUGCUCACUACUCCAAUCAGCUGACCUUCCCUACAUCUCUGCCUGCUCUCCACUCCAAUUAGCUGACCACCUUCCCUACUUCUCUGCCUGCUCUCCUUAUUGCCAGUCAGUCAUAACUAACCUGACCGCCUUUUAUUUAAAACCAUUUACUACCAUAUCCUUCCUCAGAACUUGACCGUGAGGAUGACUUUUGCCCCACCGCCUUAACUCGGGUAGACAGUACCCCAGCUGAGGCCCCCUACAGCCAAGGCCCUUCCAUUAUGUUUUGUAACUCCAACUUAAAUAUAUUUAACUCCAACAUUUGCCAAAUGAGCCUGAACCGUACUGUAUAGGUGUAUGCAAAACACCCAGCUUAAUGUGCACCUUCUCCAACAACGUUUCUCUUGCGAUUCUAACCAUAGCAAUCGCGGGGCCAACUCCUGAACAAAAGUAAACCGUUGAAGGAAAUAAUUCACAAAAGUGAAUUGCAGUAAGAAGAGUUUUAACAAAAUCUACACUACUCCAUAUUUGCUCUAUUCUAUAGCUGAUGCUGGCCAAUCAAACUAAAACGGUUACAGGAAAUAAUUCCUUAAUGGUCCACUAACUCAAACUGUGCAAUAAACAGACUUGACUAAACCUAAUGACCAUAAUUCCCAAAUCUCAGAUCAACUAUACAUCGCCCUGAUUGAAGUUCUGCUCAUGUCCGAGUAUUCUGGCUCUUGUUCUUUGUAUGGCCUGCCAGACCCAUUGAGUGACCUAGAAUCCAAACGUUUGUUAUGGUAACUGAAAAUAAAAGAAUGACAAGAGGAAGAGACAACAUUAAAUCAAAUCAUCAAACACGUAUAACUGAAAACUAGUCUGAUUCCAUCUCCCAAUCUUCUUGAUUACAUUUGCACCAAUCCAAUAUAGCCGCUUUGCCACAGGCCGGACCUGAAAGAAUCGCAUGUUAUUUACCUUCACAACCAAGUAUUCAAAGCGUAACUAAUACCCGCUGGAUUGUAAAUGUUUUAAUGAACAAUAUUAAUUAUAAACAAGAAAAGGGGCCAGUAUCAGCAAGUGCGACAGCAAAAUAAACUUGUGAAGUUUCGACUGAACAAAAUUCGCCCACACUGAUUCGAUACAAAGGAAUCCAUUUACUCUUCCUAUCUGAAAUGUAUUUAUUUAUUUUUUUAUAACAUUUUUUUUUGCAAAUACCUACUUGAAAAUUUAUAGGGAAAAUUAAAAUCGUAAAACUGCCGUCCUGACACUCGAAAUCUACUAAACAAAACGAACUAAUUCUCAAUUUAGCAAAGAAAGCCGAAGAAAGGCUGCUAAAAAUAAAAAUACUUCGAAAUGAAAAAUAUAACAUUCCCAAAACUCCAAGUAAUAAGCUAAAAUAUAAAGGAAUGGGACACUUUACCUACAAAAUAACCCCUCGACAACUGUUUAAUCAUAAACGCUGUCACCGUUAUCUUUCACCAACUACAUAAAAUAUGCUACCUGUGCUAUAUAAAAUAUGCUACCUGCACUAUAUAAAAUAUCUUACCUGGCUACCUGCACUAUAUAAAAUCUCUUACCUGUGCUAUAUAAAAUACCCUACCUGCGCUAUAUAAAAUCUGUUGCCUGCGCUAUAUAAAAUAUGCUUCCUGUGCUAUAUAAAAUAUGUUACCUGCGCUAUCUAAAAAUACGCUGACUGCGCUAUCUAAAAUACGCUACCUGUGCUAUAUAAAAUCUCUUACCUGCACUAUCUAAAAUACGCUACCUGCGCUAUAUAAAAUCUCUUACCUGCGCUAUCUAAAAUACGCUACCUGCACUAUAUAAAAUAUCUUACCUGGCUACCUGCACUAUAUAAAAUCUCUUACCUGUGCUAUAUAAAAUACCCUACCUGCGCUAUAUAAAAUAUGCUACCUGCGCUAUAUAAAAUCUCUUACCUGCGCUAUCUAAAAUUACGCUAACUGCGCUCUCUAAAAUACGCUACCUGUGCUAUAUAAAAUCUCUUACCUGCACUAUCUAAAAUACGCUACCUGCGCUAUAUAAAAUCUCUUACCUGCGCUAUAUAAAAUCUCUUACCUGCGCUAUCUAAAAUACGCUACCUGCGUUAUAUAAAAUAUGUUACCUGCGUUAUAUAAAAUAUGCUACAAGUGCUAUGUAAAAUAUGCUACCUGCGUUAUAGAAAAUAUUUUACUUGCGCUAUAUAAAAUAUGCUACAAGUGCUAUAUAAAAUAUGCUACCUGCGUUAUAUAAAAUAUGCUACCUGUGCUAUAUAAAAUAUGCUACCUGCGUUAUAUAAAAUAUGCUACAAGUGCUAUUUAAAAUAUGCUUCCUGCGCUAUAUAAAAUGUUACCUGUGCUAUAUAAAAUAUGCUACCUGUGCUAUAUAAAAUACGCUACCUGCGCUAUAUAAAAUAUGCUACAAGUGCUAUGUAAAAUAUGCUACCUGCGCUAUAUAAAAUCUCUUACCUGUGCUAUCUAAAAUACGCUACCUGCGCUAUAUAAAAUCUGUUACCUGCGCUUUCUAAAAUACGCUACCUGCGCUUUCUAAAAUACGCUACCUGCGCUAUCUAAAAUAUACUACUUGUGCUAUAUAAAAUAUGCUACCUAUGCUAUAUAAAAUAUACUACAAGUGCUAUUUAAAAUAUGCUACAAGUGCUAUGUAAAAUAUGUUACUUGCACUAUAUAAAAUAUGCUACCUGCGUUAUAUAAAAUAUGCUACAAGUGCUAUAUAAAAAAAAGCUUCCUGUGCUAUAUAAAAUAUGCUACCUGCGCUAUAUAAAAUAUGCUACCUGCGUUAUGUAAAAUAUGCUACAAGUGCUAUUUAAAAUAUGCUACCGGCACUAUAUAAAAAUACGCUACCUGCGCUAUAUAAAAUAUGCUACCUGCGCUAUAUAAAAUGUUACCUGUGCUAUAUAAAAUACGUUACCUGCGCUAUGUAAAAUAUGCUACCUGCGCUAUAUAAAAUAUGCCUUCUGCGCUAUAUAAAAUAUGCUACCUGCGCUAUAUAAAAUAUGCCUUCUGCGCUAUAUAAAAUAUGUUACCUGUGCUAAAUAAAAUAUGCUACCUGUGCUAUAUAAAAUAUGCUACCUGUGCUAUAUAAAAUUUGCUACCUGCGCUAUAUAAAAUAUGCUACCUGCGCUAUAUAAAAUGCUACUUGCACUAAGUGUCUGAAGAUAACAUCUUUAGAUAGCAUUAGUUGAACAUUAGUCAGUUAUUGAAGCAGCUUUGAUAUUACCACCAACUCUGUUAGCAAGGGUCAAUUGAUGGAAAAUUACCACUUAUCGCAAGGUGGUACCUAAACAUACCCAGUGUCCUAUUCGAGUUCUUUCAUAAGAAUUUGACCUGCUAUUAAGAUUAACUUAAGUAUUCUAGCAAUUCCCCAUUUUCUUCAACUAUUUGCUACCAAAUGUCUGAGUGUGCUAAGCUGAAAACCAAAAUAGAUUUCGCUAUCCUCUUCUCAACUAGGAAUAUGCACUGCCUUCUGCCAAGGAUUACUUUACCAAUAUAAGAGUACUAAUUUUCUAACAAAUUAAUCACAAAGAAGCCUUUUGAAUGCAAUAAACUGAAAACUUGUACCACUGACUCAUUGUCACAGUGGAAUAAUAUCCUUUUAUUUUGGAGCUAUAAUCCAAGAUUAUAAACUGCUGACACCAUUGGCAGCCAUUCUACCAGGUUCAGAUUUUUGUAGGUACCUCUUACAGCACCCAUACAAAAAAACAUCUUUGCUCCAAAUAUGCGAAAAUCCAACUGCCCAUUCUACCUCCAGAAAUAACUGUUUCAUUAACUUGAACAUCUGAAUGCAACAAGUAGCAGCCAUUGAAAAACUUGCAAAAUCUUUAUCAAAACCUUUAUAUCAUUUUAAUUCAUGCAGGCACGCUAACAAAAUACAAUUUAAUCUUUGCACAUGUCAAAAACAUCCUUCUACCUAAACUCUGCUUACAGGGGAACCCAGACCUGUAAAUGCUUACAAACCUAACUAUGAUUGAACUGUUUUAACAAUCAGCGCUUGAAAAACAGGGGACCAUAGACAUGGAUGGAAGGGGGGAGAGACAUGGAUGGAAGGAGGGGAUGUCACCCUAGCACACACCCUGUCACCAUCCCCUUACUAGAGACAGAGAGAUAGCACAGAGAGGCUAAGGGAAGAGCCAUGGCACAGGGAGGCUGGGGGCAGAGAGAUGGCACUGGCAGGGUGUUUGAGGGUACAUGGAAUUAGCAGGCAUUUUGGAGGCUCAUUGGCAUGAUAUACAAAUUUUAUGAAUUUACUGCUCUUUGCCUUGAUAUUCUGCAUUUAUGCAUUUACUGCUCGUUGGCAUGAUAUACAAUGUUUAUGCAUUUAAUGCAUUCAUUUCAUUCCAUUGCCCCCCCCAGGGUGUUUUUCCAUCAAAGGGUAUUAUGAUUUAUAAUAUACCAAGUUUACUCUUUUACUGCUCGUUGGCAUGAUUUAUAAUAUACCAAGUAUACUCUUUUACUGCUCGUUGGCAUGAUAUACCAGGUUUACGCAUUUAAUGUUCACUUGCAUUAUAUAUUAAGUUUACAAACUUAUGCAUUUAAUGUUCAUUGGCAUGAUAUAUUUGUAUUUACUGCUCUUUGGCUUGAAAUACAAUGUUUAUGCAUUUAAUGCAUUCAUUUCAUUCCAUUGCACCCCUCAGGGUGUUUUUCCAUCAAAGGGUAUAUAUGAGUGACUGCGUUGAUGUGCUUGUGUGUGCGCGUGACUGGGAGGGGAAGAGUCUUGGAUCCAGGCAGCACAAUGUCUUUGGCUGGCCCUGUGGAGUUGGAAUCAUGAAAAGUCGGAACUGGUUACUAAAAUUUUUGAAUCCCACUACUGAAUAGGCCCAUGAGUGUGACAAAGACCAUUCAUGGUGCAAAUGGCUAUUCUCUAUCAAUGCACUAAAUGCUACGCUCAUACAGAAACUCACAGAAAACUUAUAUCAGUGGUACUUAACACCAACCCUACUCCACAAGUACAAGAUCUUCCCUAAUGUCACGGCGAUCUGUUGGAAAUGUUGUGUAGUAGAGGGAAAUAUGACACAUGUCUAGUGGGAAUGCAUGGGGAUAGAACCCUUAUGGGACACGGUGAGAGACAUAUUGUUAGCACUUAAGGUCAGUGAGACCUGAAUGAUGAUACAUCAAUAUACCUGUUUUUUUCGGUUCUCACUAAGCUUAGCCAAAGCCUCUAAACAACUAGUGGCAUUGAUAACCUUAGCAGCCAGAAACCUAAUCGCAUUCAAUUGGAAACAAACAACCUGCCCUUUCUUCCCUUUUCCUCUCUUUUAUGUAUAUCACAGUACCCCUGCCAUGAUGGUACAGGUAAACCAAUGGUAUAUAUCAGACCAGUUGUACUAAAGACGAGCAUCAGCUAUGAGCCUACAGAAGUUUCUGUUAAACCUUACUCAUGCUAACUGCUGGUAACUAACUCUACCUACAUGUACUUAACCAAAACUCUGCUUAAGUGAUCACUUAUUGUAUUUUAUUGUAUAUCGUAUCACACUAGUUCCCUUUCUGUUUCAAAAACUUGAUUCUUAAUUACGAGGGGGAAAAAAAAAAACCUAAAUUGGUUAUACAUUCCGACCAGAACCUCUACUUACGAUGGUCACAACUGAACAAUGUACUAGCGUAACUGUUACACUAUCUGUGCCACUUUCCAUGCUUGCAACAGUUUACUGUACCAAAUGCUUUUUGUCAACAGAUUUUUAUUAUUUUAUUAUACUCUAUAUGUGAUAUGCUCUGUUCCCCUUUCUCUUUUCUAUAACCCAAAUACAAAAACCUUUCAAUAAAGUACGAUUUGGAAAAAAAACUAAACUAACGUUGUGAAUAUUUUUUAUUUUUACGUAAUCUACAGGAAUGACUGACUAAUCCUAGCGUUUGUUCUCCAACUGGACAGUCAUGUAUAUCAGUUGGUGGAAUCUCAGAAUUCUUUUUGACAAUGGUCCUUUUUUUAGAACAGUAUUUUGUUUUAGUAACCAAUGUGGAGAAUUAAACAUCCAAUGUUAAUGCCUUAAACUUAAUCAGUUUAGUGUGGAAAAUGCCAUGGGAUGCUCUGAUCUGAACAAAAAGCUCCCCCUUCUAUGCAAUCGUAACUGGAGCCAUGUUGGAGAAUAAUCACUGUAUAUUUUCUAUAAAUGUAAUUGGGAUAUUUAAGGAUUUAUAAAGCAAAAUACAGGAAUCGUCAAGCAUUAAUAAGGGAAAUAUUGUUUUUUUAGACAAAAAAGCUAAGCUGGAAAAAAGUGCCAAGGAAUUAAGGAACUUAUACAUUUUCCUUUUGUAUAUUUUUGCCAAUUCCUGGUUUAACGACUUCUCAGUGUUAGGAUUUCGGUGGCCUCAUUGCAUUGGCUUUAGAAGGCAUUGUUAUUCGAAAGUUAUUAAACUCUACAUAUUGUGAAAUACAUCAUGGUGUAAAAUAUUCGGCUGCAUUUAAAAAAAGAGAGAACCAAAAUGUAUUCUUAGCCCCUCUUCCUAAUCCACCAUUAUAAUAUUUCACUUUUAAAGCAUGCCUGCCUGUAGCUUUGUACAAUCUUAUAGGGUUGAUGCUUAACAAACAUUAUAUAAAAUGUAACACAACAUACACAUAGUUACUGAUUGACUUGCAAUCUAGCAGGUGGAAUGACAAUAAGGGGGCUGUAUAAAAGAGAAAGCCAGACUGUGGGGGCAAUAUGUCAAAGGACGAUGGGGAACUUUGGUAAUUUUGGACAUUGUGUGCCGGAUAAAAUGGAGGAAAGCUGGUAAGCUGUUUUGCAUAAAUAUUUUUUAGAAAACAUUUAAAGGAAACAUCAUAACAUUUUUUAGCUUCUCGUCCAGUAUUCCAUACAAUUGAGAAAUCAUGUCUAAUGAGUGGGGAAGACAAGAACAAGUCCUGAACAUAGUGAAGAGGGUGGAUUGGAGAAAAGGAGAGAGAUACGGUUUGCAAUGUGAGUUUGAGCUUGGUAGGCAAGAGUCACAACUUUGAAUAUUAUUCAGGACUAGAUGGGUAGCCGAUGGAGACACAGGUGUAAUGGGGAUGCAGGUAAUGAACAAAAAGGUAAAAAUAUAUGUGUAAGAUGCCUUAAAACUAGCAUAAUGACAAUGGAAAUUGUCCUCUUUGCCAUGUGUAAGAUUCAAUACUUGUUUGAAAACCAAUCUACAGAAAUAUUUGUAUCACUUGUCCCAUGAUGUUUAUUAACGUUGAAGGCUUUCUGAAAUUUUGUGUUUGUGAUUUCAUUUGAUAUAUCACGUCAGGAUUUCCAGCCCCCAAAAAAUAAAUAUAUAUAUUUUUUUAAUAUUCAGUUUUUAAUUUUGGUUUCAGCACUAUAUUAAAACGUUUUAAUCAUCUUGUGUAUAUCCGGAGAAUUAUAUAUUUUCUUGCCAUUCCCAGUUUCAGAAAACCGUCGCUAUAUUUCAAUUCUGCCUUAAAUCUUGUCUCUUUUAUUUUGCAGCCAAUGGCAGGAUAUGGUGAUUUAUUUUUCACUUUUAUGUUAGUAAAUCAAACCUUUUAUCACACAUGUUAUUUAUUGCAAUGUUCUUAGUUCAGAGACAGUACUUACAUUUAGUAUAUCAGUUUGCCAGUGUUCAUUGCUGUCUCCAAGAAUGCCUUCGUGAAAGAGACUGAGGGAAUACAAUGUAACUUCACAUAUAAAGACAUACCGACAACAAUUCCAAAUCUAACCUUCUAGGAAACAAGAAAGUUUUGUCAUUUUUUAGUAAAAGCCUUUGAAGUGACAUUCCAAGCAUAUGGACAACGUGUGUAUUAACGCUUAAAGGAAACCUCCGGACACCAUUACAGCUUCAUUGGAAUUAAGUUGUUAUGGUGCCAUGAGGUCCCUGAUGUCAGCUUAACUUUCUCUCUGCUUUUUCUCUGAGGCAUAAAUUAGGAAGAUUUGAAUAACUUCUGACAAGGUCGCCACUGAUUGGCUGAAAACAUCGGCUGACACUCUAAGCCAAUCAGUAGCUUGAGAGAAAUCUGUACGUUUCUUAAGCCAUUUUUUGAAUGGGCUUUCCGAUUCAAGCCUCGGACAAAAACGUAAGGAGAGGGGCAGCGCUAACUCUCCUUUUACCUAUCUCAAACCUCACCUGUCCUAGUUCUGCAACCUCCUUCUACAAUUCCACCCUCUCCUCUCAACUAGACAUCAUGGCACCUUGUACAUUUAAACGCCGCAGGCCCCCCAACAACAACAACAACCCUGGCACACCAAACUCACUCGAUACCUCCAAAAAUUCUCCAGAACUGCUGAACGCUGUUGGAGAAAGUCUCACUGUGCAUCUGACUUUCUCCACUAUAAAUUUAUGCUGAGCUCAUACAGCUUGGCUCUUUCCUCUGCAAAAGUUAAUUACUUCAAUACCCUCAUAACCACACUCUCCCGCGAACCCAAACGACUAUUUCACACAUUUAACUCUCUUCUUUGCCCUACUGUUCCUCCUCCACCUACUAACUUGACCGCCUCAGUCUUUGCAACUCACUUCACUGACAAGAUCUCUACAAUCAGAGAAGAGGUCUCUCAUCUUUCUUCUUCCCCUUACAAUACUUCCCCUAACUUCACUCCCUCUGCUGUUCUAUGUUCAUUCGCACCCGCUACAUUGGAGGUUUCUGCUCUGCUCCAGUCCUCCCGCCCCACCACCUGCUCCCUAGAUCCAAUUCCCUUGCAUCUCAUCCAUACCCUGUCUUCUUCUCUUUCUCCACCUCUCACUAAAAUUCUCAAUUUCUCUCUCUCCUCUGGUAUAUUUCCAAUGCCCUUCAAACAUGCAAUUGUAACCCCAAUUCUAAAGAAGCCCAAUCUGGACCCUAACUCCCCAUCCAACUAUCGUCCUAUCUCGCUACUGCCUUUUGCAUCCAAGAUCCUUGAAAAAAUUGUGUAUGCGAGAUUGACAGACUUCCUCCAGUCCAACUCUCUGCUAGACCCACUUCAGUCUGGUUUCCGCGCUAAGCACUCUGUGGAAACGGCACUGACCAAAGUAUCCAAUGAUCUACUCACUGCAAAAUCUCGUGAUCACUACUCUAUCCUAAUUCUCCUUGACCUGUCUGCGGCUUUUGACACUGUUGAACAGCUUCUUCUCAUCCUCCACAAUAUCGGUCUACAAGAUAUUGCUCUCUCCUGGUGCUCCUCCUACCUCUCCCAGCGCUCUUUCAGUGUUUCUUUCUCUGGCUCUGCUUCUUCUCCCCAACUCCUCUCUGUUGGUGUCCCCCAAGGUUCAGUCCUUGGUCCCCUACUGUUCUCCAUCUAUACUGCCUCCCUUGGUAAACUCAUUAGCUCCUUUGGCUUCCAAUAUCAUUUCUAUGCAGAUGACACGCAAAUCUACCUGUCCUCUCCUGAUCUCUCCCCGUCCCUCUUGACUAGUGUCUCUGACUGCCUCUCUGCUGUUUCUAACUGGAUGGCUGCCCACUUCCUUAAACUAAACUAAACUUGACCAAAACUGAAAUUCUGGUCUUUCCUCCCUCAAGUGUUGUUACUCCUGUGUCUGUCUCCCUCCAAGUCAACAGUGCAACCAUCAGCUCCACCAUGCAGGCUUGCUGCCUAGGUGUUCUCUUUGACUCCGACCUCUCCUUCAAGCCUCAUGUUCAAUCUAUCGCAAAAUCCUGUCAUUUCCAUCUUAAAAACAUUGCGCGCAUCCGCCCCUACUUAAUGCCAGAUGCCACUAAGGUGUUGGUCCAUUCCACUGUCCUUUCUCGCCUUGAGUACUGUAAUCCGCUUCUCAGUGGUCUUACGUGCUCCCAACUUGCGACGUUACAGUCCAUAAUGAAUGCGGUGGCGAGGCUCAUCUUCCUGUCCGCCCGCACCUCCCAUGUCUCACCCUUCUGUCAGUCGCUACAUUGGCUUCCUAUAAAAUAUAGAGCUCAAUUUAAAAUUCUGGUUCUUGCUUUCAAAUCUCUACAUAAUGCUGCUCCCACCUAGCUAUCCUCCCUUAUACACAAGUAUGUCCCAUCUAGGCCCUUACGAUCUGCUGAAGACUUACGUCUAUCUUCUGUCCGUACUCCCACCUAUGAUGCUUGCCUUCAAGAUUUCUUGAGGGCUGCACCGUUCCUGUGGAACUCGCUUCCCUCCUCCGUUAGAUGCUCACCCAGUCUCCACUCCUUCAAAAAAUCGUUAAAAACCCACUUCUUCAUAAAAGCGUAUCAAUUAAACGGUUAAUAGCUCCUGACUGAUUCCUCUUCUGCAACUGUCACUAGUCUAAUACUAUCCUUACCUUUUGUGUCAUUUUACCCCACUCCCUCUAGCAUGUAAGCUCAUUGAGCAGGGCCCUCAACCCCUCUGUUCCUGUGUGUCCAACUUGUCUGGUUACAACUACAUGUCUGUUCGUCCACCCAUUGUAAAGCGCUGCGGAAUUUGACGGCGCUCUAUAAAUAUCAUAAUAAUAAUAAUAAUAAUAAUAAUAAUAAUAACCAGAGCUGGAUUUAACAUAAAACAGUUCAUGAAUGGUUUAACCCCUAAAGGUAAGUCAGCGCUAGGUUCCUCUUGGCACCACAAGAGCUGCAUUCAUGUGAAGUUGUUUCGGUGCCGAGAAGCUUCAUUUAAGGAAAGAUAGCUUACCUUGCCAAGUGUGAAUGCUGGGACUUGGAAAAAUAAAUAAAUCCUGAAGGGGAAAACCUCUAUAAUUUAGUUCCAAUGUCAGAUUUACACUGAACAAAAUUAUAAACACCUUACUUUUGUUUUUGCCCCAUUUUUCAUGAGCUAAACUCAAGGAUCUAAGACUUUUUCUAUGUACACAAAAGGCCUAUUUAUCUCAAAUAUUGUUCACAAAUCUGUCUAAAUCUGUGUUAGUGAGCACUUCUCUUUUGCCAAGAUAAUCCAUCCACCUCCCAGGUGCGGCAUAUCAAGAUGCUGAUUAGACAGCAUGAUUAUUGCACAGGUGUGCCUUAAGCUGGCCACAAUAACCCCUAUAGGGUUAAACUAACUAUUUGGGCCUCCUGCUCCCCCUUGCCCCCCUCAAUACAGUAAUAAUUAACCUUAUGUCCAGCGCCACGUGGGUGUAACAGAGUCUUACCUGAUAGGGAGUCCAACUCGCAGAGUUAUACGCUCACCCUUGCAAAGUAGACACAGACCAGGGUGACCAGGUAAGACGCCACCUGGCCUGUGAGUCUGUGCAUGGGGGCUUUCCAGGAAAAGUGCUCCAAGUCUCAGUACAACAGGGAUAAGCAGAAGCGUGGUCAAGGGAAGCCAAAAUCAGGGAAGCCAGAGGUCAGAGUAGUCCAGGAGGAAAGCCAAGUUCAGAAGCCGGAAUUAGACAAGAAUCACUGGAACGCAGGUACGGAGGUACGGAGGUACGGCGUAACAGGAACCAAACAAGGGAACCAGAGUCAAUGAACUGACACCCCUCCCAGGGUGAGGCAGGCUUUUAUAUCCUGUUAAUUAGGUAUCAGAUUCAGCUGGAGAGUUACUGACAGAUCUGAGCCUUUGGUGAAGUCCAGCCCCCAAGUGCUGCAGGCAAUACAAGAAUAAACAUGCGUUAUCCAAAGUCCUGAAAUGGCUCAGAGGAAGAACAGUUGGAUACGGUCCACAAGAACCACAGUUCAAAUCCCCUAUCGGGCGCUUCCGGAGUGACAACAUCUGGCAGACUGGAUGUCACGGCGUGGACCGUGACAGUGGGUCUGCAUGGAGUGGCUCCAUCUCCAAUCCUCCUUCUUAGUUGACAUAAUCAGAAUUCAUGAUCUCAGCCAAGGAGGUGGGCAGAGACCGCCUGGCCAAUCAGCAUCUCUUCAUAGAGAUGCAUCGAAUCAAGUGGGUCAGACCCUGACCCAGGAAGCACCUCUAGUGGCUGUCUGAGGAAUGGCCACUAGAGGUGUUUCAAGGCUUUCUCUAAAAAGGCAGGGUUUAUAUUAAAAAGUCUGCAGGAACUGACUAUACUGACUAUACAGCUUAUUGUAGUUGUUCUAUACUGACUAUACUCAUCAGAACAACUACAAUAAGCUGUAGUUGUUCUGGUGACUAUAGUGCCCCUUUAAAGUAUUCAACCAUAAAAUGGACAAUUAGCAUUCUCCAGUAUUCAAGUACAUCCUGGGGUUUAGAUGUUGUUGCCGUUGUAAUGGUAAUUUUCAUCGAUGAAGAACGUGAUAAUGGCCUAAUAAUGACUUGCCUAUGUUUACAAACGUCCAAUGCCUCCCAGAUGUUAUUCUUUAUCAUUGUAUCAUUAGUGAGCGUUCUAUAGAGUUUAGAUUUGAGCAUAUCCUGGUGGCCAGUUGUAAUCACAUUUCAAACUCUCAUUCUUUGUAUAGAACCUUAGAUUUAAAGAUCCUGGAGAAGUAGAUAAACAUAAAACGUCUACGCAAUCAGUGUUCGCACCUGUGACUAUUUUUUGUUGUAUGCUAGAAAAAGGUAACAAAGUUCCAUCAACCACCUGGAAUAGUGUUCUUUUUGUAUAAUUUGGGAACGCUGAAAUAACUGCAAGGGAAAAUACUUUUUUGUGUCAGAUCUUAUCCAGUCAAACCGUGAAGAAAUAGUAUACAGAGUAUCAGCCAAUACACUCGGCACAAUCAGACAGGCUAAAGGCUGUUUGCAAUUUCACAGGAUGAUGUCUAAAUUGGCCAAACCGUGUGACUGACAGGUUAAAUAAAACGGAACAUGAGCUCUGAACGGAUUUUCUUACUUUACAAUUCCAUGACCAUUAUAAAAGAUGGAAUCUGUCAGAGAAUUGGGAAAAACUUGCAUCUCUAUCAGGGAAUAAGACAUGUCUGUCACCGAGCAGGUAGGUAUCAACGGUCAACAGCAUUUUCCUUACUCUCUAGGGGAACAAAAAACAACAAUUGAAAAUUUAAUGCACCCUACAAUUCGUUUUAUACUUUAAAAAAAAUGUAUAUUCAUAUAGUUUGUAGAAAAAAAUGGCAAAAGCUGCAUACAAUAAUGAGAAAUGUUCAAGAAUUCGGAAUAACGAAUCAAACAAAAUGCAAGAGGUGCAAUUUAUUCCUCGCCUAUAUUGGGAAAAAAUAAAUAUUACUUAUCUGUUCCUGCAUUUGCAACAGUAAGCUCUACUCAGUAUAGCAAGUAGCUGAAUCCUAUAGCAAUCCUAGCGAUUCCUUUAUAUUCAUUGACAAGUGAGCACGUUCCAUAGGCCACUGUCCGACAGGGAUUUAUGAAAUGUUUAGUUUAGCACCUACCGUCCCAUUGAUCAGAUUAGAUUAAUAAUGGAGCUGUCUAGCCUGAUAGCAACUGCACAUUUCAUGUACCCUGUCAUUUAAAAACAAAUCCUUAAAAAUAUUAUUUUUAUUUUUGAGUUAAAAAAAAUAAAUUAAAAAAUAUGUUUUAAUGAUUUAUUUUUAAAUGACAGGGUACAUUAAAUCUGUCUUAAUGAUUCUACGAAAAAUAAAAUAAUAUAUAUAUAUUUUUCCAUAGUUUAAUUUUGCAGAACGUAAAACAUAUUGAGAUUACGUUCUUGAAAUUCCCCCUUGGAGGCACCAUCUGUUUUCUUGAAAAUUCUUGUGCAUUCGUAUAUAUUAAUGAAUUUUGCAUAAUUACGGUUGUGGAUAUGGAUUAAGAAUUGUGAUAUAUUUGAAACAAUGCAUUUUGAAAGUGAUUGAAGCUCCCAGCAAAUUACACAUCAUUUGUAUCAAUUUGCAAGUUGGGUUGUUUUUCCAGAUAUCCUCUUUGAUGGAGUAAUUGCUUACUAUAUGUAGGUUGAUGGAGUCAUGAUUAUGGUUCACGUUUUGUUAUAUAAUAUAAAGUGUAGGGAUUGUAAAAUAAUUCAGAUUUUGAAGCCUGUCAAUCACUGCAACAUCUAUUCAUGUGGCCAAAUCCACAAUCUAAUCUGGAUUUAAAAUAAUGGAUAAUAUUUUAAGGUGAACUGUUGUCAAACAUGCUGGACACUGUGGGACUGAGUGAAGGACUAUUAAGUGGUGCUGGUUCCUUAGUAUUUUAGACCCAUUUUUCCAAUGGUAAAUUGUCAGUUUGGGUGAAAUAUAAGUGGACUAGUAGACACGUGGUGCUUUGGGCAACUGGGCAACAGUGAUGUAUUCCACGUUAAAUGUUAUGUGAGAUGAUCAUUGAAUCCUAAGAGAGAUAGAGAGAAAAUUACAUGCAUUUAUAUAGGUUUUUAAGAUAGACGGGUUGUUUUGUAUAGUAGAAAUAAAAAAAUUAAUCCCGAUGAGGUGAAUCUUCAUAAAUAAUUAGCCAAACUCAGAUCAAUAGUUAAUAGAGACUGGUUCAAGUCUCUGAAAUGUUUUAAAUCACGCAAUGGUUGGUAGCUACUCACUUCACGCAAGAGAUGGCAAGAAAUUUGAGGCCCUCUGUAAUAAUUGGUCUGUGUUUUCUUAGUUGAAUAAGUUAUUUAUAUAUAUCUUCUUAGGUUAAAGGCCGGCCAGGUUAAUAUACAUCUAUAUUAAAGAAAGAAAAAAAGGGGGUAUACAGGCACUAAAUAUAGUAUGUAAAAUCAAUAAACAGUGCAAGUGCUUUGACCAGAUCUAUUUACAAUACAGCUGCUAUAACACCAAGUAUAAUCUCUCCAAAUACACCCAACAAAUAUACAAAAAAACAACAUGGUGUAGCGCUUUAUAUAAAAACAAAGGGAGAUAAAAUACCUUAAAAAGUAUAGUACAGUGGUGAUGGUAUAUAUAAUAAUAUGCCUAAAAAGUAAAAAGAGUACAAUAGUGUAAAGCUAAAAAAAACAAUUUGGAAUAAAAUCAAUAAAUGGAACCACUCACAUUCUUCAGAGCUAGGAACCCAGCUCAGGAUUGAAGUCUGUUUAGGCAACCUUCCCCUUCUUUAUGUAUAAUCUUUUCUUUAGUCCUAGGAGUAGGCUCAAACAAAGAGAAUAUAUGGUGCAAUAUUGUAUAUUCAAUAUAGGUAGGUGAAUAAUCGAAUGAAAUGAUACGCACAAAUAUAGAGACUUCAAUACGCUCAAUCACAGCAUAAUGUGUAGUUUAGGACCAAAUGCCCAGAAAUGUGUGUAAAAUGUUUUUUUUUUUUUUACUAUUUAUUAAAGGUAUCUCCCAACAAUAUAUUAAAAACAAACACUAUCAAAACAUAAAAAUGAACAAAAAAUACACACACUAAAAGGGCACAAUCCACAAGUCUUAUCUGUCCCCAGGACGCAUUUUGCCAAAUUCUUCUUGGCUUCCUCAGCUCGGCAAUGAUCACAUAUGUAGUACUGUAGUAUGUUUAUAGAACACUCUUCUUUGCUGGAAAACUUCACUACUAAAAAACUCAAGUAUUGAUACAUUUAUUAAGCUUGCUGGACUGUUUCUUGCAAUAUAUCCUGAAGUAUCUUUAUUUGAUUUUUUUUUUUUAAUUCUUUAUUUUUGUAUUGACAGAAAUGUACAGGCAUUCGUCAUGUAACAACAUUCCACAUAUAGUUUAAAGCAGUUUGUUAACAUUUGUCAUGCAUAUCUAUAGGGUGGGUGCAACCCAAUCUUGUAUUACAUGAGCAUGCAGGGGACGUACCCAUUAUUACACGUCUGAUGUGCGCAUCUCGUAGCUGUCUCCAUUUUACAUGAUGACCAUCAAUACUAUUUUUGUUUAUUAAAUUGAAUAAUAAGAUAGGUAACCAGGGGGAAGGAGUUAUCUAGCCCCUUAACUAAAUCACUACCUGUACGAUCCCAUCGGAGCUGCAGAGUACUAGGUCUGCGUCGUACAUUAUUUAAUGCUGUGUCUGGGCUUUAUAACGGCUUGUUUUCAAAUUGGGAAUCCCUUUUUGUUUCAGGUCUGCCCUCUAGCCCUCCACAUCUCCUAAAGUGUGUUCUCGACUUCGCUCACUCUGUUAGUGGAGAACAUCAGACAGGUUCCGGCUUACGGUGCCAUCUGUAGUAUGUGUUAGUCAAUCCCCAGAAGUAGGUAGGGGAGAAGAAAAGAAGGACAAUAAGAAUAGAAAAGGCUGGGACAAGAAUAGGGGGUGGGGGGGAUGAGGUGGGGUGAACCUUAUCCGGUUCCAAAAUGUCGCCAUCUGUGGGCAUUCCCACCACAUGUGGAUUUACGUCCCCCUCAAACCACAGCCAAACCAGCACACAUCCGUAGGGGUUUUUUCAUUUGAUACAGUUUGACCGGUGUAGUGUACCAGCGAAGCAUUGUUUUAACAGAUUGUUCCUGUAGGGUACACAGAAGAGGUGUGGUUAGCCUCCCAGAUCUCUUGCCACUCUAUACCCUCUAACACCUCCCCCAGGUCCCUCUCCCACUGAUCCACAUAGGCCAGUUUUCCCCAUUCCCUGGUUUCUGAGCAGAGGUGGGCAUACAUGAGCAUUAUCAGGCCCCUAGGUAUGAUUUCUUGUAGGCAUAUGCAUUCGAAGAACGACAACUGUUGUCGAGCAGCCGCUCUUAUAUGUGAUAGUUUAGCGAAGUCUUUAAGUUGGAUGUAUCUAAAGAGGUCUGAGGGGGUGAGGUGUACCCUCUGUCUCAGCGUAUCGAAAGGGAUGACUUCUGCCUCUUGAUAUAAUUGGCAGAUGCGUUGCAACCCUAUCCGCUCCAGGUUUUUGAAUUCUCUGGCUGCCAUUCCAGGGAUGAAAGACCUUUUACAUAGGUAUGGCAUAAGAGGGGACGGGUUAGACGCUAAGUUUAACUUGUGUUUGAAGUCGGGCUGGUGACCCUGAUCAUGGGUCUGUACUCUUUAGGCACCCACAUGAGGAGCUGCGGAAGGUCUGCUCCUGUCAUGAGGGAUUCUACAUCCACCCAUUUCCGUUCUCCCCGGGGGGGAGUGCCAUAUCGCAACCUGCGUCAGCUGAGUUGCUGUAUAAUAGUAAUAUAGGUUAGGUAGGCCCAGUCCCCACCUCGUCUUUGGCCUGUAUAAGAUAUAUCUCAAAAUACUGUGCCUCUUAUUUUGCCAUACAAAGGACCCAAUAGCUUGUUGAAGGAGCUGUAAGUGUGAUCUGGAGACGCGGAUAGGUAGCACCUGGAACAAGAAGAGGAUCCUAGGCAAGACUUUGAUUUUUAUGGCAUGAAUUCUUCCUAUCCACGAGAUAGGUCUGUCCACCCACGUCUCCAUCUCCUGGAUCAGUUGUUUCAUCAGUGGUGUAUAGUUUUGGUCGUAUGACUUCUCUGGUUUCGCUGUCAGGUGAAUGCCUAGGUAUUUAAGUGUAUGGUGUUCUAAGCGUACGUGGUGUGUAGCGUGUAUUAAAGUAAUUUCUGUCACUGGUACUCCUAUUGGGAGAGUGCUAGACUUUGCCAUAUUAGCUCUAUAGCCUGACAUAGCCCCAUAGUCCCUCAGCACCUCCUGUAAGGCCCCCAUCGAGUUCACCGGGUCAGUGAGCGCUAGGAGCACAUUAUCUGUGUAAGCCGAGACCAGAAAUGCCAUGUCUUCCACGUCAACUCCCUUUACGCUCGGGUGGCGCCGCAAGGCCUGUAAUAUGGGUUCUAGUGAUAAGACGAACAAAAGGGGCGAGUGGGGGCACCCCUGUUGAGUACCAUUGAAAAACUGAAAAAGGACGGAGCGGGGCCCCCCCGAGAUCUUUACCUGUGCUCUGACUUUGCUAAGGGCUAUGUAUAGCAAUGUCAGAGCACAGGUAAAGAUCUCGGGGGCCCCGCUCCAUAAACUGUUCAGGGAAACCUAGAUGGGUCAAGAGCGUGAACAGAUACCCCCACUUCACUCUAUCAAAUGCUUUUUCAGCAUCAAUAGAGGCGAACAUCAUUGGGGUCUGUGUGGCCACCUGCCUCCAUAUCAGGUCUAUAUUCCUGCGCGUAUUUUCAAAUAAUUUCCUACCUGGUAUGAAGCCUACUUGGUCGGCAUCUAUCAUAUUUGCUAAGAAGGGGUUAAGCCUUUCUGCCUGUACUUUUGCUAGAAUUUUCAUAUCAUGGUUUAUGAGGGAUAUGGGCCUAUAACUUUCCGGAAGCAGGGGGUCCUUAUCCGGUUUUGGCAGUAAGACGAUGGUAGCUAAAGACAUAUUUAAGUUCGGUGUGCCUCCCUUCCGGAACCCGUUAAAUACUGUUAAGUGAGGAAUGAGUUCCUCUCUGAACAUUUUGUAGUAACUACCAUCAAAACCGUCCGGUCCAGGGGCCUUAUUCCCUUAUAAUGCGGUGAUAGACCGGUCUAUUUUGUCUGGGGUGAUUUCAGCAUCUAGUGUAUCGACUGCGUCCUGUGGUAACUUGGGCAGCCCAAGGGCGUCAAGGAACCUGCGUGUCGCUUCCUCGUCUCUUUGAGUUUGGGGAGUGAUUGUAUAGGGAUUUAUAGAAGUCCGUGAAUACCUCUGCUAUGUCUAUGGGCAUAGUUUUGACAGAGUUAUCUGGGUGCCGUAUGGAUGUAAUGUGACCACGUCUCAUUCUGGAUUUAAGGACUCUGGCUAAUAAGGUAUCCAUCUUAUUGGCAUGUUCGUAAAAUGUCCUUUUGGACCAUGUCAUGGAUCUAGCGGUAUCAUCUAGUAGCAAAGUGCGUAUGUUGUGUCAUACCACUUCUAAGCAGUAGUCCCUCCAGCUUUUGGAAUUUCAGCCUCCUUUUAGCAGUUGCGAUUUUUAUUAGUGACCCCCGUAUGACGGUCUUAUGUGCUGCCCAUAUUGUCUACGACCGCAGAUCCGGAGUGGUGUUGGUGUUGAAAAACUCCAAGAUGUCUAUAGGGAGCUGUUCCACAAUCUCCGGAUCUCUUAAUAAGGAUGAGUUUAAUUUCCAUGUCCAUGGGGAUGCGGCACAGAGGUUCCCCAGUGUAGAUCCUAUCUCUGAUCCUGUAAACCCGGGCUAACGACCUAUCAUUAAUCAGGAACAUAUCUAUUCUUGAGUACGUGCCAUGCGGGGCUGAGUAAAAGGUAAAAUCAUUAGUGCUCGGAUGAUGUGCUCUCCAGACAUCCACCAACCUGAUGUCCGUAACCAACCCAUGGAGCAACUUAUCCUGUCCUCUCCGCCCUUGGGACCUGGGGACCCCUUCCAAUCGUGAUUGUUGUUCUUUUAAGCAAGGAAUACAUUCUGGAUUAUUUUCUUCAGGAAAAUAAAAGAUGCAUUUUUUUAUUUCUGCAGUUGUGUUCCCUCUAUUACUAAUUAAGCAUAACAGUAUAAUAGAGUCGUAUGUAAUGCCCAAAUGAGGGUCAAGAUUGUGUUGUAGUGGAUUGCCCAUGAAGGGCCGAAUGUAACGUAUAGAGUGAAGGCUGUAAAGCGCUGUGGAAUUUGACGGAGCUCUAUAAAUAUCAUAAUAAUAAUAAGGCCUAGUGAGGACUGCGUGUAGAGGUAUUGCAGCGGAAGGUCAAGAGUGAUAAAUGUAAGUCUUGAGUUGCCGGGUGUAUAAUAGGCAAUAUGAGAUGUACUGAUUAUGGCAUGAACAAAUGUAGGCUAAUCGUACCAAGGCUGUAGGAGUUGUGAAGUAGAUUGUGAAUUGCGUAUGGACAGUAGUGAUGCUCUGGUGUUCGAUCUGGUCGAUCUGGUGUUCGAUCUGGUUUUAUUUACUUAUUUAUUUAUUUUUAAAUCAAGUGGUAUACUUAAAGGUAGUAUAAUAGGGCACUAUCAAAUUCCUGAGCAUUAGGAAGGCCAAAAUUUUGUAGCUGUGAGCCCACUAAGGGUCGUAUGAAGCGUAUGUAGUGAAGGCCUAAUGAGGGUCGUGUGUCAAGAUAUAUGAGUAGAAGGCCGAGAGAGCUCAUUGCGAUUCAAGAGUAGCGGAGUGACCAUUUAAGUGCAGCAUGAGAAUUAGUGGGUGUAUGAAAUGAUAGGACUUGGGUUGACUAAUGGUUGUUGAGCUGUGGAGCAGUAGCAAUUCACACAUAGUGAUGCAAAAUUUUACACCUGCUCCGUGAGAGGUCUGUAAUGGUAGGACAGUUAAUUAGAGAUGAUAAUAAUGAGACAUUUGAGUAAAAUGGUACCACUGAUCACAACACGCAUAUAUGUCCUAAAAGGGUGGUUGUAGUAGUUUGCCCACUAUGGACUGCAUGAAGCAUAUGUUGUGGAAGGCCAAGUGAGGCCUAAUAUAAACAUAUAUGUGUGAUGUGCUGCAUCUGUAGUGGGGACUUCAUAAUUUCACCUUACAUAAAGAUUGACCGCCAUAUCUAUCACUGAGCGUUAUAUAGAGCUGAGGGUGAGCUCUAAAGUCUUUAAGUUCCUUACACACUUCAUUGAAGCCAUUGUCCCCAAACUGUAUUUAGAUUGUGCAUAUCUAUCUAUAUAUUUAUAUUUUUGAACACUUGUUUUGUUAGCUUACAGAUUGCACUGUGGUUUUUUUUUCAACAUGAAGGCCCAACAUAACUAUACCUAGCUACAGGGUGGCCAAAUGUAUUUGAGUAGAUUGGUUGCAAUUUAGUAUGUUUAUUGAUGACACACAAGUGGUGGACCUUUUGAUUUGAAGUGCGAAAAUAACAUACUUAGAUGAAGGUCGUGUGUAUGGGCAUUUGACCAUAAAACGGACAUAGACUGACAUAAUUAUAAAGUACACUAGGUCUGUGCGGAGCCCAGAAAGGGCUUAAAACUAUGUAAGUAGUGAUGCAGAGUGAAAUAAGACAGAUUAUUAACAGGCAGUACCAUAAAUGCUAACCACAUUAGCCGGCCAUAUAAUUACCAAACAAUGUAGCCCAAUGAGUGUCUGAAUACCCAGAGAGCAGGCAUGUAGAAUACAUAAAGGUACUGAUGUUGGAAGAUGCGUGGUGGGCAUAAGUAAUAAAUUCAGACUCCACUUUAUUGUCAUUGUACCAUGUACAUACAUGGACAAUGAAACACAAUUGGCCUCUGAACAGAAAGUGAUUUAAAAUACUAUUUCCAGUGUAAGUUUUACAGUAAUACUUGAUACCACAAUUUCCUGAUACUUAAACAUACAAUCCUAUUACAUUGCUACCAAUUUCAAGCCUAAGAACAACUCGAAGCUGACCAUUAUAACCAAGGUCGUGUUUGCUGACAUAAUAAGCUGCAAAUAUGAAAAACUGAAUAUGGCAUAACAUUUAUUAUACAUUAAAAUGUAGGAUGACAAACUGAAUUGCAUAUAGAAAAACAAAUGUAAAUAGCCGAAUGAGGGCCGAAUACAGUAAGCAGAAUGCAUGAACCUAAUUGAGAUAUCACUAUGAUGCUAUCAGAGGCUUAACUAGAAACCACGGGCCCUGGUAUGAAAAAUUAUCCUGGGCCCCCAUACCGUCCCCCUCCCAUAAGUUCCCCCCUCCCCACCCCCACACAUGCAAACAGAUACACAUGCAGACACACCCAUAGAUAGACACACAUAUACAGAGACACACAUACAUACAGGCACAUACAUACAAACACAUACAUACAAACACACACAGAUACACACACACACACACAGACACAUACAUACAGACACAUAGACAGACGUACACACAGACAGACAUACACACAUACAUACAUACAGACAAACAUACACACUCACAUACAUACAAACACACAGACAGACAUAUACACGCACACAUACAGAGAAACAUUCAUACUGACACACAUACAUACAUACAAACACACACAUGUACAGACACAUACAAAAUGUUUUAGUCACCCUCCUGUUUUCUACCUUUUAGGUGCAGGAGGGUGACUUUCCCUGGGGUCCAGUGGCCCACUCUUACUCCCUCAUCUCCUUCCACCUCCCGCGCGUUUCCCGCUGUAAGCUGGGAGGAGUGACAAAGGCAUUCACUUCCUCCCAGCUUCUGACCUCAUCAAAGGGGACCCGGUCGCGCUGUUAAAGCGCCGCAGCGCUGGCUGGGCCCCCAGGAAGUAUAUAGCAUCGGGUGUCCCUAACAGCAUGGGCCACCCGAAGGGUCUGUGAACGCGCUGCCCCGGCGGUUCUACCGCGUUACUUAGCCGGCGGGCACCGUUGUCGCAGGGGUCUUCAGGAUGGCCGGGCCCCCUGGAGUUACGGGCCCAGUCGCAGCUGCGACCCCUGCAACUGUGGUAGUUCUGCCCCUGGAUGCUAUGUAUGAUUGAAUAGACAAAAUUUGCAUGAGAGCCGAAUAUGGACUGAACUGCGAAUGCCACCCUAGUUAGUGAAAGGCUGAAUGUGGGGUAAAUAUGUGUUGAAUGUCAGUAAUAGCGCGGCCCAACACAGGCCGAAUGAACAAACUUACGGUUUUGUUGUAAAUACAGGGAGUGCAGAAUUAUUAGGCAAGUUGUAUUUUUGAGGAUUAAUUUUAUUAUUGAACAACAACCAUGUUCUCAAUGAACCCAAAAAACUUAUUAAUAUCAAAGCUGAAUAUUUUUGGAAGUAGUUUUUAGUUUGUUUGUAGUUAUAGCUAUGUUAGGGGGAUAUCUGUGUGUGCAGGUGACUAUUACUGUGCAUAAUUAUUAGGCAACUUAACAAAAAACAAAUAUAUACCCAUUUCAAUUAUUUAUUGUUACCAGUGAAACCAAUAUAACAUCUCAACAUUCACAAUUAUACAUUUCUGACAUUCAAAAACAAAACAAAAACAAAUCAGUGACCAAUAUAGCCACCUUUCUUUGCAAGGACACUCAAAAGCCUGCCAUCCAUGGAUUCUGUCAGUGUUUUGAUCUGUUCACCAUCAACAUUGCGUGCAGCAGCAACCACAGCCUCCCAGACACUGUUCAGAGAGGUGUACUGUUUUUCCCUCCUUGUAAAUCUCACAUUUGAUGAUGGACCACAGGUUCUCAAUGGGGUUCAGAUCAGGUGAACAAGGAGGCCAUGUCAUUAGAUUUUCUUCUUUUAUACCCUUUCUUGCCAGCCACGCUGUGGAGUACUUGGACGCGUGUGAUGGAGCAUUGUCCUGCAUGAAAAUCAUGUUUUCUUGAAGGAUGCAGACUUCUUCCUGUACCACUGCUUGAAGAAGGUGUCUUCCAGGACCUGGCAGUAGGACUGGGAGUUGAGCUUGACUCCAUCCUCAACCCGAAAAGGCCCCACAAGCUCAUCUUUGAUGAUACCAGCCCAAACCAGUACUCCACUUCCACCUUGCUGGCAUCUGAGUCGGACUGGAGCUCUCUGCCCUUUACCAAUCCAGCCACGGGCCCAUCCAUCUGGCCCAUCAAGACUCACUCUCAUUUCAUCAGUCCAUAAAACCUUAGAAAAAUCAGUCUUGAGAUAUUUCUUGGCCCAGUCUUGACGUUUCAGCUUGUGUGUCUUGUUCAGUGGUGGUCGUCUUUCAGCCUUUCUUACCUUGGCCAUGUCUCUGAGUAUUGCACACCUUGUGCUUUUGGGCACUCCAGUGAUGUUGAAAUAUGGCCAAACUGGUGGCAAGUGGCAUCGUGGCAGCUGCACGCUUGACUUUUCUCAGUUCAUGGGCAGUUAUUUUGCGCCUUGGUUUUUCCACACGCUUCUUGUGACCCUGUUGACUAUUUUGAAUGAAACGCUUGAUUGUUCGAUGAUCACGCUUCAGAAGCUUUGCAAUUUUAAGAGUGCUGCAUCCCUCUGCAAGAUAUCUCACUAUUUUUGACUUUUCUGAGCCUGUCAAGUCCUUCUUUUGACCCAUUUUGCCAAAGGAAAGGAAGUUGCCUAAUAAUUAUGCACACCUGAUAUAGGGUGUUGAUGUCAUUAGACCACACCCCUUAUCAUUACAGAGAUGCACAUCACCUAAUAUGCUUAAUUGGUAGUAGGCUUUCGAGCCUAUACAGCUUGGAGUAAGACAACAUGCAUAAAGAGGAUGAUGUGGUCAAAAUACUCAUUUGCCUAAUAAUUCUGCGCUCCCUGUACGUGCAAACAGCAACAGUAAAAGCUGCGGGUGGGCUGGACGUGGCAGUGCCCUGUGAGGGAGGCGGCUGUUUUUUACUAGAGUGAGGUAAAAUGAAUACUUGCAUAGGCCGCACAAGGCCAAGACCAGCUUGUUUGGAGUUUGGGUAGUUUGUGUUGAUUGUGUUAAUGACCUUUGAACUGAAAGUAGAUAGUUCUGUACUGAACCAGGAAGUCUCAGCCCAGAGGAAGGGGAGGCCUGUGCAUUGCGUGGCUUCAAGCAAAUCCUCCAAUAUAUAAUUUCUCAAAUAAUGUAAUGUGAUAACGUGAAGGUAGAGAGGCCUUUAACAUUUAACUCCAGGGGAAGUACAUGUUGUAUGUGUGGUGUGCAACACAACGCUAGGUUUAGUUAUGGGCCCCUGGGGUGGAGCAUUUGGAGAGCAGGGUGGGCCAAUGCUCCACUCCUCAGUUUAUACACAACUGGGAGAAACCAGGUGCAGGCAAGAGUUUUUUGGAACUGUCUCCAACUCACUGCUCAGCUGCAGAUAAUCAGCUGUAGCAGUGGGAAUAAACCCCUCCCUGCUAGGCAGGUAAAGGGGGAUUGCUGGCUUCCUCCCUGGAAGCAGGUAGGAGAGAGGCUGUUCUCUCCAGUGAGAGAGUCAAGGAGACUGAGCACUGGGAGUGCAAAAGGAAAGCAGUCAAGGCUGGCUUGGAGCACUGGGAGUGCAGAAAAAAGAGAGAAAUUUGUUUAUUUCUAGAAGGAAUGGAAGCCACAUGCUAACCGAGUGUGGAGUGCAGAGAUCUGACAAAGGCACUAGGUUGGUGAACACAAAUAUUAUUUUGUUCUAGUUUAAACCCUGAGAGAGAGGGAGUCUGAUGUUAGUUAGUGCUCAGACGAGCUAGGCUUUUGUUUAUAGGGAUUUAUAUUUAUUUAUAUAGUAUAUUUUAAAAUGAAUAUAUAUAUAUAUAUAAAACAUAAUACUUACACUGAAAUUAUAUAUAUAUAUAUAUAUAUAUAUAUGUAUGUCACAGCUGUGGCCUGUAGUUGUGGGAGUGGUUACCCAGCCUUUUUAAACUCAGUCAAUCCCCUUACCUGGACUUUUGUCGUUUGUUUCACUCGUUGCCAAGGUUACCUAGGCACAUCCGGUUCCGACUUUUGGACAAUGAGCGGGAAAACUAUAUUUGGAUCCGUUCAUCCUACUUAAACAAUACCCAGCUUGCUACUAAAAGAUCAUGCCCCGUUCAAAUCACAAUCCAUGGUCAGCUGGGCUUUUAGGCCAACAACACCCCAUUCCCCUGAACAGUUACUCAUAUUCGGAGCUUCUACGAGACGUUAAGGUAUUAAGGGCUUUCAUUUAGCCUUUGUUCGGAUAUUACAUGUAUUUCACUGUCAUUUCGUUCAGCUGUCAUUUAAUUCAUUUUUUCUUUUAUUAGUUGUGUACGAUGUAACUAUGACCUAUUAGGGUAUAUAGACAAUGAUAAUUUCCGUCCACCCUGUGUACCGAUACAAGUCUUGAUGUAUUGAGACAUUUAUAGAGGUAGCACAUAUGCAACACUAGCAAUCUGUAGUAGAAGUCUGUCUAAUGACAGAUACAUGUCAAAUAACAAGUAGGGUUACAAUGUACUCUUUGUAUCUAGGAUUACGCUACCCCAUAGCCCUUUGCCAUACGUUAGCGUUCUGUAAUAGAAACACAUCCACCUUUUCGAUGAAGCACCUGAAGAUAAGAGGGUGAGAAAAUGAGAACGAAGAGUCGAAAGAUAGCAAAGUGGGAAUAGGAGAAAGAGAAGGAAGAGAGAUAUAAGGGGCAAGACACUGUUCUACCGCAGGGGGUCGAGAUCCUUUAGCCUGUCUAAUCUGAAGCUAGCUGAUUCUUGCCUGUAUGAUCUUUGCCCCCCUUUUCGAUGAGAGAUUGGGGAGUGUUAGAGACUCAGAUACUUUUGUUGUGGAACUGAGAAGUACCAAGCCGCCUGUGAUUUGCCAGGAUAGGGUGUAGAAAUAUAUAUAUUCUUUCCUUUUUUAAAUUUUUUUAAAAUUUAUUUUAAAAUAUAGAGGGUAUGGUACGUUAGAAGUCAAUGAGGUUGCUCAAACCUCGCUUUCCAUUGUUCCCAGGCCUCUAUCAAUUUGUGAUGUCUAUUUGAGCUCAUGUAAGCCAUCUUUUCAUACAUUCCAUUGAGGGACACAUGGAAUAAGUAAUCAUAUUUUAAACAAUUUUCGUUCAGCCCUUUUUUUUCGGCCAUUCACAGUGUAUUUGCAAUAAUGUUUAAAUAUUUUUCUUUUGGCCAUCAUUCGACCAGGUUACAGUAUAUUCGCAAUAAUCAUAUGUUUGUACAAUUUUAGUUAGGCUACCAUUCAGCCUGGGUCUAUGUGUGGCUGCAUUUGGCCUUUUUGUUAUUAGGUGUAUGGAACUCUGGCAAUAGUUAGUAAGCCAGUUCCACUUUAACAGCAAGGGG